AUGUUCGGUCCGGACAAACUCUUGGGGCAGCUGUCCAAGCUGGACAGAUACGGGAACAUGGCGUCCGUGGGGGAUUUUAACCCGCUCAGCGCUAGCGUCCCGGCUACCCGAGUGGAGGUGUCGGUGUCCUGCAGGUGAGGGGAGAUAAACAAAGAUUUUUUUUUUGAGGGGGGAGGCGGUGUCUCUGUGGAUAUUCCUCGGUGGGCGGACAGGGAAGUGGAAGGGUCGGAGCGCGUGAGGGAAAACGCUGCUGUUUGAGGCGUGGGCGGACGAACGUGUGAACGGGGAACCAUGGUUUAGUCUCGGGUUGUUGACCCCCUCCCCCCCCCCCCUUGGCGAGAAGUGCGAGUGUGUGGGAGCGAAAGGCGUGUCGGUGGGGGAGGCGAGAUCCCUCCCUGCCGUGGUGCCCCACUGGAUGUGGAAUUCCCCCAUGGCACGUAGGGAAGGAGCGCGGACACGUUUCUCUCCUGCUACCCCCCCUCCCGUGUUUGGAAAUCGCGCUGCCCCACGAGCAACCCCGGCCUCCGUGGGAUCCUGAGGGUCUGGUUUGUCUGAAAAGGUGUCUCCUCCGUGCAAUAUGGGGGGAAGCGUGGGUGCCUGCGAUGAAUAGCGUCUCUGCGUUGUGCCCGGGGCCCUGGAAAGGGACCACGACGAAAAGAGUCCGCUUAAAAUAAACAUGGAUCGCGACAGUAAUUAAGGACAACAUCCCUCUUGGAGAGGGUUGGACUAGAUGACCCUCGGAGCACUUUGCAAUUCUGUGAUUCUUGCUUGCUCUGGGAGUAGAAGGCUAUCACAUCUUGAUCUACCUGUGGCACCUUCCCCUUCCAGAAAACGGUUAUAUUUUCUUAGUGCGACAUGCACUGUGAUGAAAAGUUGUGUCCUGUCUUUCCUCUGUGCAAUUAUGUGGCAAAGGAAAAAGAAUACGCCAGCAUAAUAUUUCCCUUCGCUGGAUGUGGUAAGGCUAAGCUGUAACUUCUUGUUCUACCUGAGGUGGCACUUGCCUUGGUGCCAUAUAUCCUCUCCUGUUGAUGAUGUAGGUGUUAGACUUGCAGUGGGUGUGUAAUUCCUUUGCGUUCUAGACCAGAAAUUUUUCUGUUGGUGGUGUUCUCUGUGUAACUCGGGCAAGAAACUGUUCUGCCUGUCUUCCCCCACAAUUUUAUUUCACCAGGCUUGCUCUUCCUUGGGUGUAAGACAAGAUCACAUUAGGAGACAGCUCUGUACCUCUUCACCACAGUAUUUCCUAGAGGUGCGUGAAAUGCAUAAUUUCCAUUGGUGAUCUCCUGGGAUCGGAUGGGAUGACAAUUCCCAUCUCUUUGUAGUGGAUCAAUGUGGAAAAUCCCUUUUCCUUUCUGAAUAAAAUGAAUUGGAUAAGGAUCUGAAACAUAUCUGCCUCUGCAGACAACCCCCCUUCCCAGUUUGAAUGAGAUUAAAAAAGAGGGACAGUAUUUUUCCUUGUGCUGGAGUGAAUUGAGGAAGAUGGUGGAAUUAGUGUUUGCUUUUCUUCAUGCACUAGCCCCAUGUGAUUUAUUUGCAGUGCCCUUUUGCAUAAUUUGUGAGCUUGCUAAAGAGCUUCCUGCUCUUGCUUUGGUAAUGGGUCAGUUGAGAAUUUGUAAAUCAGGGUACAAGAAGACUGAAUGCUAUCUGUUACAGUAAGAAGUAAAUUGCAGGGAAAUGUUUACUGGAUUAUCUCAGUGCAAACAUGAGAAGUGUAUUGUAUGCUCCUGUUACUUACUUCUGGAGACAGAUUUCUUAAUCACAUUUAUCCUGAAGUAAUUGGUUUGAAAUCUUGUUAAGGAGCAGGCCAUUCAAACAGCUUUCUCCACACCCACCCAUAUCCUUUUUCCUGUAGCCAAAAAUGAAAUGUUAGCCCUUUAAAAUACAGUCAUUGUGGCAUUUCAGGCAAGAGAAUAGUUGAAUCAAAAUACUAUUGAGAGAGAAAAUUGAAAUUGGUAGUGCAUAUUAUGAAGUCAGCAUCCUUUGUCUUUUAUGGUUGCCUCUUUUUUAUUUUAAUAGGAAUCUUUACAGAGUCUCCUAUCUUGGAGCUCAAACAAAGAUUCGUAACUUAUUUCUCAUAUAACUCUUUUAAUUGAAGAAUAUGUAAAUUAUUCAUGUUCAGAAACAUGGAAAAUUCUUUUGGCUUUGAUUUUUUUCUUGAAUGAUUAUGCCUGGAGUACAAUUCAUUUAUAGCUUCUAUACAUUUUCAAAGGCCUUCAUCAAGAAAAUCAGAUGAAACGGAGUAGUCCUUUCUUAUUUAGGAGUAUUUUCUAGGUUUCGUAGCAUUUAGUUUUGAAUGUUUAAUGAUUAAAUAAACCAGGAUCUUUGUGUGUUGGUUUGUAAUACAGAAGUAUAUUUGUCAUGUCACCAAAAAUAGUUAAAGACCAGUAUCAAAUGUUGGCAAAACAUGGUGUGAUCUGGUUUUUACUAGUUCUUUGGAGGAGAGUUGUCAUGGAACUCUUGGUGAAAGGCAACAGUCUCUUUUUUUUCAUGGUUGCAUUUCCGCGAAAACAUAAUUUGAUAUUCUUUAAAAAUCACUCCCCCACCAAGCCUGCUUCUAUAGAUGUAAUUUGUUUAGAUUUAGAAUCAUGGCACUGGAAGAAAAUUGAAAUUCAUCUGUGUCUUAUACAACAUUAACCCAGAAUGAAUGCCACCUCCUAUACACAGCUGCAAUCACCAACUCAAGGUUAGGAUUCUGUUUUCACCUGUAGCUGAUUUUUUAGGUUUAAAGCUACAUUUUUUACCCAUUGGCAUCCUGCUUGUAAGUACAAGGUAUUUUCUGCUUUACAUAGCCCCUACAGUGCAGGCCUCCCUGCAAAUGUGUCUUGAAAACUCUUCCGUGCCGGACUGCCUUUCCUUGGCAAUGUCUAUGCCACUGAAUCAGACUCCCUGCUUCCGUCAACAUUUUUUUUACUUCACAGUAUACGUUAAUGUAUCUCAUCUCAUGCCAACUGUGAAACACUUAAAAUACAUAAAUUUGACAGUACAGUAUUAAGAGAACUUAAUAUAGAUCAGUUAUCUUGAGUAUGUGUCUGUAGUAUACGGUAACUCCUGUACUCUUGGCAGCUUCCACCAUGUUUGAUACCUCUAACAGACUGGUCCAUGCAUAAGGAGAAAACAGGAGGUACUACAGUAUUUUAAUAAAUAAGCAUAGGUGCUUCCAGGAUUAGGAAGAUUUGUAGGGAACUUGACUCAAAUAUUAAAAACCAAGCAAACAGCCCAUCCUUCAGAAGAUAGGAGUUACCGGUCCUUUACCAUUACUGUACCUUUUACCUGUACCAAAUCCCAGAGUGAUUGUUUUGAUCUAAGUUCAUAAGUUAUCUGCCUGUAUUUAGUUUUAUUAUAUCUGCUGCCACUUUCUGUGGAUACUUUAUUGUGACUUUCAGUUUUGUUGGCCUUAAUACAAUACUGCUGAAACAGACAUGACAGAGGAAAUCAGUGAAGACCUCCCAAUACUUUGUUUGGAAUGAACUGCUAUAUUCUGAUGUAGUCUAAAAGUGAUUUAGCACUCUCAGUGGUGAACCUUGAAUAAGCAGAUAUUUCAGAUUUAUUACCAAGUAUACAUGGAAAGUAACAGGGAACAAGUAACAGGGAAAAGUGAAUCCAUUUAAGUAGCCUGAACUGUCUAGUUCUUUGAUAAUAAAAGUCCAUAAUAAGAACCUCUAUGUAAAUUUCUGAUUAGCUACAUUGGCCAUUUAUAGCAGAGAUGCAGCUUCUUUUACCAAUGAUCCAAAAACCAAUCUGUGAAGAUUCUGAUUUUUACGGGUCUCACACUGUAGGGGCCCCAGAAGGACAAUUGCUCCAGGCACAAAAUUCUGAAGGGCACAACCAGGUGCUCCCACAACAGGCUCCCUCAUCAAGGCCGGGUGGUUGAGCUGCUGCCACAGUCCAGAGAUGUGGGGAGGCAAGCUGCACCCAAGCUGGGCCUUUGGGAUUGGGGCAGCAGUGGUGCCUCCCCGUGGCUGUCAAAGGGACGCCUGAGCACAUGCCCCACCCUAGGCCGGCUAAGAGGCGAGUUUGGGCCGGCUCAGCCAGCCUUUCACUCGGUCACACGCGCUCCCGCAGCAUGCAGGCAUCUCACUUUCUCAGCCUUGGCUUCACCUCCAUCCAGUGGGUGACAAGCAGAGAGAAACUGAGAGAGGUAGUCUCACUCAGCUCAGUUACUUGGAAGCCCCGCUCGCAUUAGGUACCUGCUAUGCUGAGGUGUGGUGCAGCCUAGCUCUGAGGCAGUGUCCCAGCCACUGAAGAAACAACAACAGAGUGCUCUUCUUGCCUUUUGCUGUUGGGCAGACAGGGAAGGGGGGUGGGGAGCCAGCAGCAAAGGCAGUGCUUUGGGGCUAUUGCUCCAGUUAAGCAACAGUUGCUUGGGGCUUUACUCUGAGGGAGGCUGGGUGAGGAGGGCGGCAGGGGCUGGAGGGCGGCAGGGGUGGCCUCUGGUAUUUCAGGGUGUAGGAGAAUAAGCAGCUCUUCAACAUGGCACGCAGCAGUGGCAGAGACCUCCACAAGGGCAUGUACUUGGUGCUGCACACUGCCUUGCCGUGCACCUCCUCAGCCACUGCUAUUGUGCUCUUGGCCAGCUCACCCAGCAUCUCCAAUACUGACCCACUGCCCCAGCCUGUCCCCUCUGCUGGAUUGAGACUCUCUUACACUACCUUUUCCUCUCCCCACUUCUUCUUUCUUGCCCCCCCCAUACUUUACACACUUAAUGGUUUGCGGGGUGCAAUACUUGUCUUGCCCUGGGCACUGGCAACACACCCUCCACCACGGGUCUCAGAUUCCCAUAAAAAUGUAGAACUUCAUUCUUGGAGUUGGUCUACUUGUGGUUUAAUGUCAGUUGACUGGCAUAGUCGCUGCCAUGCCCACAGCUCUGCAGCUUGCAGCAGCUUGGGGUGUGCGAUGAAGAAGAAUGCAGCUUUGCAAUGGCAGCUCCCAGGCCAACACAGUGAAGCAGUCGAGCUUGGACCUGUCGUCACUUGCCAAUGGUAGGACUGGCAGUUAAUUAAAAUACGGCUUAAAAUACAGCUUAAAAUGCAGCCUCGUUUUAGUAGCAGACCAUAAAUCAAGACCAUAAAGGGAAAAACAUCAGAUAUUCACCCGAGCCAGCUAUCCAUUCUGGUCCUACAUGGGCCAAGGGAAAAUUUAUAUACCAAAUCCCAUAUAAGGGGCCAGAGUGAGUCAAAGGCCAGGUGGAACAGCUCCAUCUUGCAGGCCCUGCGGAAAGAUGUCAAAUCCCGCAGGGCCCUGGUCUCUUGUGACAAAGCGUUCCUCCAAGUCGGGGCCAGGGCUGAAAAGGCCGUGGCCCUAGUUGAGACCAAUCUAACCUCCUUGAGGCUCGAGACCCCCAAAGUGGUGUUAUUUAUGGACCUUAAGGUCCUCCGCGGGGCAUACCAGGAGAGGCGGUCCCGUAGGUAUGAGGGUCCUAGGCCGCAUAGGACUUUAAAGGACAAAACCAGCACCUUAAACCUAACCCUAUACUCCACCGGGAGCCGGUGCAGCUGGCUGGAUGAAUGUGAUCCCACGACAAGGACCCCGUAAGGAGCCUCACUGUGGCAUUUUGCACCUGCUGGAGUUUCUGGUUCAGCUUCAAGGGCAGCCCCGCGUAGAGCGAGUUACAAUAAUCAAGCCUGGAGGUGACUGUUGCAUGGAUCACUGGGGCCAGAUCAGGGCAAGAAAGGUAAGGGACCAACUGCUUAAUACGGCGGAGAUGGAAAAGUGCCACCUUUGCUGUGGCUGCAACCUGCGCCUCCAUAGAAAGGGAGGCGUCAAAAGUUACACCCAAACUCUUGACAGAUGGCACUGACACUAAUUGAGCCCCCGCAGAGAUGGGAGUUGGCCCUCAAACCCAUGUCGUCCCAACCCAGCCAGAGGACCUCUGUCUUUGAAGGGUUUAACUUCAACCGGCUCCCACGCAGCCAUCCAGCCACAGCUUCCAAGUGUCUGGUCAGAGUCAGGGCGGCCGUCCAUCAACAGAAAAAGCUGGGUGUCAUCAGCAUAUUGAUGACAAUCCAGCCCAAAACUCCGGACAAUCUAGGCAAGGGGGCACAUAAAGAUAUUAAAUAGCAUCGGGGGAAGGAUUGCACCCUGUGGCACUCCACACACCAAGGAGUGCCGUGACGACAACUCCUUCCCUAGCGCCUGUUAAACCAGGUUCAGUCCCAUUGCUCUUUUUCUGCUGAUAGCAACAUUUCCUGGUUUAGCAGCUUGGGAAUUAAGCAUAAAAAAUGGGCCUUUAAUUUCUUUCAAGACAGGUGCCUGUUGUACUAUAUCAGCAAGAGGGAACCUGUUCAGUAUUAAUAGCACAUUUGCCAUAAUAGCAAGUGUGCACAUGUUAUGUGAUUUAUGAUUCACAUAAAAAUUAAUUAUCAUUGGAGAUGUACAAGCUCCACUGCAUCAAGCUCAAUCUUGUUAGGAUGCCUUGAAACCCUUAAAUUGGUUGCACCAUAGACAUAAUUAGACAUCAUACCAAACCAUGGCUUGUAUUUUCUUUAGUUUAGAAUCCAAAUACAGUGGUACCUCGGAUUAAGAACUUAAUUUGUUCUGGAGGUCCGUUCUUAACCUGAAACUGUUCUCAACCUGAAGUACCGCUGGGGCCUUCUGCUGCUGCCGCGCCGCUGGAGCACAAUUUCUGUUCUCAUCCUGAAGCAAAGUUCUUAACCCGAGGUACUAUUUCUGGGUUAGUGGAGUCUGUAACCUGAAGUGUCUGUAACCUGAAGCGUAUGUAACCUGAGGUACCACUGUAAACAUUUGGGUUUCCAAACAGAAGAAACUGUAGUUUGAUACUUUUUUCUGUAUGAUCAGCAUUCAAAUCUCUAGGUGCAGCAGCCUCUGGAAAGAAAGCAGUGGCUCUCUGGUAUGUCAGUUCAGUCAGCAUGAUAACCCAUAAAGGUAAAGGGACCCCUGACUGUUAGGUCCAGUCGCGGAUGACUCUGGGGUUGCGGCGCUCAUCUCGCUUUAUUGGCCGAUGGAGCUGGCAUACAGCUUCCGGGUCAUGUGGCCAGCAUGACUAAGCCGCUUCUGGCGAACCAGAGCAGCGCACGGAAACGCCGUUUACCUUCCCGCUGGAGCGGUACCUAUUUAUCUACUUGCACUUUGACAGGCUUUCGAACUGCUAGGUUGGCAGGAGCAAGGACCAAGCAACGGGAGCUCACCCCGUCGCGGGGAUUCGAACCGCCGACCUUCUGAUCGGCAAGUCCUAGGCUCUGUGGUUUAACCCACAGCACCACCCGUGUCCCCAUGAUAACCCAUAGAUAAUGCAAAAUAAAACCAUGGUUCUGGUUUGCUAGCCAGUCACAAAAAUGGCUGCCAAUUCAGACAUUGCAGUAAACCAAAAUUAGCCUUCUUAACCAUAGUUUGGUAUGUUUUUUGACUUGAGCCAAUGAAGCAAAUUUCUCAUGGUAAACAGACUGCCCCCAUGUGUUUGAAGUUUAUUUUUCGAAAGCAAGAAAGCUAGAAAUCCAUAGUAAACAUAAAAUGAGGCUCUGAGUUUUAGGCCAUUCUUGGAAACAUGUAUUUAGAGCAACAUACUUAUAUUUGACUCCAGAAACAUAAUGAUUGAGUGGCUACUUGAAUUAAUUGUCUAUUUCAAGGUAAAUGCAUUCAAAUGUCAAAAAUGGAUCAGUUGCAGUAUUUUAUGUGGGUAAUAUUCUUAAGGUUUUGUUCAAAUGUGUAAUGCAUGGCACUUGAGGUUUUGGUAAACACAUGUUGAGAUACAUAUUCACAUUCAGCUGGCUUUUAGCUAAGGAAAUAAAAAUAUAUCUAAAUAACUUUUCAGUAUGAUAGGCUAAGUUACACAAAGCAGAAGAAAUUUAGUCUAGUGACACAUUAAAUACUGACUUAUUUUAUUGUUGCAUAAGUUUUUGUGAGCCUGACACCAUUUUACAAGGUACAUGAAGAAUUCUCUCUCUCUCUCUCUCUCUCUCUCUCUCUCUCUCUCUCUCUCUGUGUGUGUGUGUGUGUCUAUACAGUAUAUCUAUAUAAAAUAUUUGCACACACUGAAUAUUUGUAUCCCAUCCUGGAAAGAAGUAUUAAAUACAUGUCCCCUCUUUUCCCACCACACAUUUUAUCUUCAUAGCAAUUCCAUGAAGUAGGUUAGACUGAGAGAGAGUGACAGGCUAGGAUCACCCAAUGACCUUAAUGUCUGGUUGAGAUUUAAACCUGGGUCUUAUAAAUCUUCCCAUAUACAGCACAUACCCUUUUUAUAGGCAGUUCUUUCAAGAACGUAUGUGAAUAUUCUAGAAAAAUAUUUCAUGUUUGACCUGGUCUUCCACAAUUUAGUGACGGUAAGACUCCUAAAUAUUAGAAGAGGUUUUCUGGUUUAGACCAAAAGUGCAUCUCACCACACUGAUUUUAUACUGUCAACAUACUGGUCCAUCUAGUCCAAUAUUGUCUACUCUAAGGGUUGCCAAGUUUUUUAAAUCAGAAGGCGCAUUUUGAAUUUUGAGAAAGUGCUGUGGGCGCCAGCCACAAAAUGGCUACCAUGGUCAUGUGGCAUAACACAGGGUCCGAAGAAAUACAGUCAUUGCUCCUCUCCCUUACUGGAUAUCCUUAUACUUGUUAUGGGAGGUCACCUAUGUCCUGCUGAUCCUGAUUGUGGAAAUUUCACUAUUUUGAUCCCUGCCCAUUACUUUUGCUGUAAUAACGGAACAUUUCCCAGUACCAGGAAAAAAUAUACAGGAUGGCCACACUUUCUCUCAUUCAAAUACACAUUCAUUGCACUUGUACAAACCAGACACACAUACAUCUCUCUCUCUCUCUCUCUCUCUCCCUCUCCCUCUCCCUCUCCCUCUCCCUCUCCCUCUCCCUACACAUAUAUGUGAACACACACUUCACAUAUAUACAGUCACACAUGCCUAACUGCAUUUCCAUCAAAACACAGAGUAUACUUGAGCACCCCUACAUGCUCACACAUUCUAAAAAGCCCCUCCAUGAGUGAAGGAACUGCUUGCUGUUAAAAUAAUAAUAAUUGUAAUGUAACUGGCUCAUUUAGCCACAUGUGGUUAUUUGGCAAUGCCCCAAAGCUGGGCUGGCCCACCCCUAAGGCAACUUCCUUGGUUAGCUUCCUGCUUAUGAUGUAUAUAUAAAAAAGAUUUAUCCACCACCAUGUUGAAUCACAGAAACGAAACAGCUUUACAUACCUAUUGUCUACAGUAAUGUAGAUUUGGCAACCGUUUUGGUUUGUUGGGUAUGACCCUAAAGCCAUUUUUACAUUGCAAGUUAACUUCCUUUUACACCUGUUCUUUUCCUCAUUCUAGUACUCCUGUAUCAUUAGUUUGUUCUGAGCCAGUUCCCCUGUGCCUAGGUUUGCAUGUAGAAAACGGAGUGAUUCUGGAUAAAUCAGCAGUGUGAGGAGAGAUGUAUAAAUAGACACCUCUCAGGUUGCCUCUGGUAAGUUGCUCCAAGCAAGCAGUCAAGGAAGCUUUAGAAAAAAUGGUGUGGGUGUUUCUCUUAGGUUACAAAUGUCUAACAUAAAUAUGUUGAAUAACAAAGUUGGUAGCAACUUUUAUGCAGUUACUUUCAUGACUGCUACCUCUGUUUAGUUUUGUAACCUGGCAUCAAAGUAGUAUUGUGCUGUAUUCAACUAAAUAGUUAUGUUAACAGAAACUAGCACAAUUCCUGCUAGUGCAAUGGAACUUCCCCAUUAUUCUCUCCCCUGCCCCCCAUUCCCCUAUGCCCUCCCCAGAUCUAUCCCAGAGGGUUGGGACAGUACCUUUUUGCAAGGGGUGAGAGGGGAGAUUAUUCUAUCAGACCAGCAGAAAUGCUUAUACUUACAGGACAAUUUCUUUAGUGCCAUAUUGAAUACAAUGCAAUCACCAUAACAAGCAAAACACUUUAAAGAAUUUGUAAUAUUAACUUUACUUUAUGGCUAUAAACAGUGAUCAUAGUGUGUCUUUUUCAAAGUUCAGCUGUUUGACUACAGUCCAGUCGAAAAAACCAUAGCUACAGAAAACAUUAUUAAUAUCAUACAAUUUUUAAUGGUGUCUUUUAUCACUAGUUGAGAUUUUGGGGACUUAAUGCUAAACUGUAGUUUAUCAUUGCAUGAAUGAGUCUCAGCAGGAACCGGGCUCACACCAUCCCUUCUUCCCCCCUCUGACACAACUAUGUGGAAGAGAUUGGAUGUUUCCAUGUUUAAGCUAACUAGAGUUCCUGAUUAAGAUCCAAAUUUGGGGAACUUUGGUUAGUUUUAAACAAGCCAGGAUCAAACUCUGGUUUAUGAUCUGGUUGGUUCUCAAACCGUAGUUUGAAUCGGCCUUCCUUGCAUUUGAACUGAUAGGAGUGAUAGAAAAACUGGACAGACCUCUAUAUUCUGUGAAAAGCGGGAUGUGAAUGAAGACACCACUCAAUCCAGACAAGACAGAUCCACUAAUAAUUAGGAAUUCAGGGGUCUGAGGAAGUGGUACACAGCCUUUUCUAGAUGAGGUUGGCACUUCCUCUUAAAGAGCAGGUUUGUAGUUCAGAAGUACUGUUAAGUUUGGCUGUUAACGCUGAAUGUUCACAUUUCUUCUGGGGGAGAAAGCUCUUGUGUGCCAGCUACAAGUUUAUUACCAUGAUCUAUGUUCUUGUAAGAUCCAGGGUAAAUGAUCUGCAGUGCAUUAGGCUCAAAACUGUUUGAAAACUUCAGCUGCAUCAGAACAUGGCAUCUAGAUAACUGUCCAUAACAAGUUAGUCUGAACAUAUUUUACCUGUAGUAAAAGGACUUCCCAUUUAAGCAUCCAAAUAAAAUAAACAUUUUUCUGCAAUUGGUCAGUAUUUUAUCAGCUUCAUUCAUAUAUAUAUUGCCCUUAGAAAUGAACAUGGAUGUUAAGUGUGUGUGUGUGUGUGUGUGUGUGUGUGUUUAUUCCACCCUCUGUAUACAGCAACUUAUAAAAGUUGUUGUAUACAGUUGUUGUAUAUAAAAGUAAUUCAGCUAUCCCAGCAAUCCUCUGGCCACCAAGCCACUCUGCUUUCCUUUCAUGUCUUCUUCCUUCCUCCUUGAUCCUCUUCCACUUCUGUUGCCUUCUCCUGGCUGUCCAUCACAAUCUCCAGUCGUGGACCCUUCAACCAUAUAGCCAGCUCCUAGCCAUAUAUACACUUAUUCUAGCCACUCUAGUCCAAACCCAGCCAAAUUCAAAACUUGUACCCACCAAUCAGAACAUGCGGAACUUCUCAUAGGUUUGAUUGCAUCAUAGGUAGAAACCUAGUUUGGAACUACAUUGAAUGAAAGCUUAAAUUAGGAGAAAUUGUACUUUCUUUAUACUUUUAUACCUUAUACUUUCCAACAUUUUGUUAUAGAAAGGUUGUCCUUUUCAAGUGAGCCAUUAUGAUAAUACCCUUGUUCUCACACCAAAGUUCACUGCCCUAGUGCCUCUGUCUUCCCCAUAGCUGUCAAGUGUCCCUUAUUUGAAGGGACAGUCCCUUAUUCCAGCGCCAUGUCCCGCUGCUGUCCCUUAUUGAUGGAUGUCCCUUAAAUGUCCCUUAAAUGAUGUCCCUUAAAUUUCAAAGGAAGCAGCUCCUCUCCCUCCCUCCCUCCCUGCCAGCCAGGGAGGAUGGAGGCUCCAACUGUGUUGCUUGGCUGUGUUGCUCACCCAAUAAGAAGUCUAAGAAUGACUGGGGGGUGGAGCUUGCAUGCCUUGUGUGUGGCUAGUUAAUGCAAGCUGAGGGGGUUUUGAAUGCUGGACGCCAUUUUGUUGCACGUGCUGCUGCAAACUUUGCAGUGCAAAGCCAGGCCGGGAGCCAUCUUAAGUUGAGGCUGCAUAGGCCUUGUGGUGCAUGUGAUUCAGAUUCUAUUCAGUUGAACCUCUGGUUACAAAGUUUGUUGGACAGUGUUCUCGAAGCUACCAGCAUGAGUUUGACCAGAUUGCAGAAGGACAGGAAGACUGGAGUCCCUGGAACAGGUGAGGCUGCAGGUCCCUUAUUUUGGCUGCCGGUCCCUUAUUUUCAAGGCUGCUGGUCCCUUAUUUUCAAAUCUGUAAGUUGACAGCUAUGGUCUUCCCUUGUAUGUCAUACAUUGCUUGAAGACUUUAUCUACCCACUUUAUUUCUUUACUCAGCAAGAUAUUGUCUACCAUAAAACUUUUAUUGUUGUCAUCCUCCUGCCUUGAGACCUUGUGGUGAAGGGUGGGUAAGGAAUAUAAUUAAAUAAAGAAACUGAUUGCAGGGGGAAGGGAAGCUGACAAGAGCCGAGGAGGGUCUGGUUUCGAUUAUAUCUUCCCCAUGGGAUGAAGGUGAAAAAAAUAAUGAGUAUUCAAAUUGGGAAGAGGUAGAAUUUAGCAUUGACAUAUGCUACAGAUUUAGAGAGGCUAGAGCGCUAUAGGCUAAAGUUCAAGUACCAAGGACACUUGGUGAAAGAUACUACAGUAUAUAUAAGUGUUUAUUUGCUAAUGCUAGAAGCUGCUGAGUCAAGAUAAAUGAACUGGAGUGCUUUGUCUGAGAGGACAACAUAGAUAUGAUGGGCAUAACAUAAGCCUGAUGGAAUAUAUUAAUUAUAGUUGAUCCUCUAGAGACCGACAACAAAAGUAAAAUAGCUGGUGUCUGUUUUUAAAAUGCGAGGCUAGCACACAGAGAGCCCCAGUAGCAGAAUAUUAAGUCCCAUCAUUAGGCAGAUUAAUGAAGCACAGGAAUAGGCUAUUAAACCUUAUUUAUUCUGUUUGUUCAGCUGCAUAAGGCAGCUGACCCCCUUUAACCCCCUUUUCAAUAAAUACACUACAGACUGCAAAGUAAGUUUGAAAUGCUUUACUUACAGUUUCUUAGUCUCAGACAUGCAUUUUCCUUACACAGCAGCAAUAAAAUAAUGCAUGUAAAACACUCUUAGUAGAAAUACAGCAAUUAUAGCUUCAGAGCCUGGAACAGGGGUCAGCAAACUUUUUCAGCAGGGGGCCGGUCCAUUAUCCCUCAGACCUUGUGGGGGGCCGGACUUUUUUUUGGGGGGGGGAUGAACGAAUUCCUAUGCCCCACAAGUAAUCCAUAGAUGCAUUUUAAAUAAAAGCACACAUUCUACUCAUGUAAAAACACGCUGAUUCCCGUACCUUCCGCAGGCCGGAUUUAGAAGGUGAUCCGGCCCCCGGCCUUAGUUUGCCUACCCAUGGCCUGGAAGGUACCAGGCUCGUCUGUCUCCAUGGCUUGCAGUGAAAGGGGUGGGGGACACUGGAAACAGGCUUCACUUCCUUCCUCUCAAGAGAAGAGGAGGCAUGACUCUACUGAGCCUAUUCUAGCAGUAAGAACUCAGUGGUCCUUAACUCAUUCACAUACUAACUAGGAAAUAUGUAUUGUUAGGUUCGUUUGCUAAAAUCUCGCACACAGAAGAGGAAACUUCCUAAAAAUGAGGCUGUGGAAGUUGAAAGCCAAAGUCAAGAGGGUCUAAUCUCUCCAAAAUAUUUGGGGUUGUUUAAAAUCACAAUAUUAGAAGCUCAGCUAGACUGUAUACAACAGAUCAGGAAAGGAACCACCAAGACCAAGAAAAAUGUAAGUCUUGUCCAAAUGAGAGAAACAGAACACAGACUUUGAUAAAAGAAAUACAAACAAGCAAUAGGUAAAGGUACCCCUGCCCGUACGGGCCAGUCGUGUCCGACUCUAGGGUUGUGCGCUCAUCUCACUUAAGAGGCCGGGAGCCAGCGCUGUCCGAAGACACUUCCGGGUCACGUGGCCAGCGUGACGAAGCUGCUCUGGCGAGCCAGGACCAGCGCAGCACACGGAAACGCCGUUUACCUUCCCACUAUAAAGCAGUACCUAUUUAUCUACUUGCACUUGGGGUGCUUUCGAACUGCUAGGUGGGCAGGAGCUGGGACCGAAAGACGGGAGCUCACCCCGCCGCGGGGAUUCGAACCGCUGACCAUACGAUCGGCAAGUCCUAGGCACUGAGGUUUACCCACAGCGCCACCCGCGUCCCAUUAAACAAACAAUAAGGUAUGCUAAAAAAGAAUUUGAGGAACAUAUUGCUAAAAGCAUGAGGACACCACCAACUUUAAGAAAUAAUAAUAAUUGGGAGACCCGCUAGGGAGGUGGCUGGAUGUUUGAAUGGCAACUGAGUCAAAGGUAUGCUAAAGGAGGAAAAUAAGAUUUGCAGAGAAGCUGUGUGUUUCCGGGUCUCAUUCACAAAGUAAAAACUGACAAAUAACCUGGUCCUGAUGGCAUCAACUCAAGAACUCAGAUGUGACAUUUCUGAUCUUAUAUCAAAAAUAUGUAACUUGCCUCUAAGAUUAGCCUCUGUACUGAGGACUGGAAGGUGACCUGUGUAAUGCCACUUUUUUAAAAAGGAUCUGGGGGUGAGGAGGAUCUAAGAAAUGACAGAUUUCUUAGUUCUAGAAAAACUGGUGGAAAACAUUGUUAAAGAUAAUAUUACAAAGCAUUUUGCUGAGCAGAAUCAGAAUUGCUUCUGCAAAAGAAAGGGCUUAUCCACACUUGCGUUUUGCCCUGCUCUUUCCAGGCAGAGGUCUAUGCUUUAAUGCUCCAUGUCUGAGCCAUUUUGUUUUUGGUUUUUGUGCUGAGCUUUCCCCAUAAAAACCAGCCCUUUAAAGUUGAAUAAUAGUAAACGUUAAUUUCGGUUUUCCACAGAUUGAUGUUUGCUCCAAUUGAACUUUAAAGAGCAGGUUUUUGCAGGGAAAGCUCCAGAGCAAAAAAUAAUAAUAAUAAAAAAAUAAUAAUAAAAAUAAUAAUAGACACGGAGCUUUAAAUUGCAUACCAUGUCUGGAAAGAGCAGAGAAAAGAUAAUUUUGGAUAAGCCCUUAGUUCUUUCUUACUAACCUCUUAGCAUUCUUUGAGAGUGCCAAUUAGUACAGCAUAUAGAUGGUGAUCCAGUUGACAAUGUGUACUCUGAAUACCAGAAAAUGUUUGAUAAAGUCCCUCACCAGACUCUUGAGUGAGCUUGUCAGUCAUGGGAUAAGAGGAGGGACACUCAUGGAACUGGCUAAGAAACAAGAAGCAGGGAGGAAGAAAAAAAUAUUCAGUUAUUCCAGCUGAGGGAUAUGGAAAAUGGAGUCUCCCAAGUACAGUGGUACCUCUAGUUGCAGACUCAAUCUGUUCCGGGGUGCCGUUUGCAUCCCGAAAAGUCUGCAACUAGAACGCCGCUUCUGCACACACGCGUGGCACAAUAGAGCACUUCUCUGCGAAGCGCGCAGAUCGUUUCUGCACAUGCGUGCGUGGCGAACCCGGAAGUAAACACUUCCGGGUUUGCCACGUUCAUAACCCGAAAAGACGCAACAUGAAGCAGACACAACACAAGGUAUGACUGUAUUGGUAUUGAGACCCGUGCUUUUUAUCUUGUUCAUAAACAAUCUAGAGUUGGCAGUGAGAAGUGAGGUACGCAGGUUUGCUGAUAGUGCCAAAUUAUUCAGGGUGGUUAAAACAAAAAGGGAUUGGGAGGAGUUCCAAAAGGAUUUCUCCAACCUGAGAGGAGGGCCAUUAAAAUGGCAAAUGUAAUUCUAUGUAAGGAAGUAUGAAGUGAUUGAUGCACAUUGGGACACCUCUCCCAAUUUCACAUAUACAUUCAUAGGGUCUGAACUGGCAGUGGCUGACUGGGAACGAAACCUUGGGAUCAUAGUGGAUAGUUUAAUGAAUAUGUUGAUCCUAGUAUGAGGGAGCUGUGAAAAAAGCAAAUUACUUACAUGCUAGGGAUCACUAGGGAGGGGAUUGAGAAUAGAACUGCCAAUAUCAUAAUGCUGCUAAACAACUAUGGUGUGACUACUACACCAACUAUGGUGUGAAUACUGCGUAUAGUUCUGUUUGCUUAACCUUUGGUUGCAAAAGGGCAACCAAUGCUCAAAGGGUUUGGAGCAUUGCUGCUGUGAGGAGAGGUCUCAACAUUUGAGGCAUUUUAGUUUAGGGAAAAGGCAGGUAAGUGGGGACAUGUUAAAAGGUAAAGGACCCCUGACAGUUAAGUCCAGUCGCGGACGACUCUGGGGUUGCGGCACUCAUCUCGCUUAACUGGCUGAGGGAGCCGAUGUUUGUCCACAGUUUUUCUGGGUCUUAUGGCCAGCAUAACUAAGCCGCUUCUGGCGAAACCAGAGCAGCGCAUGGAAACGCAGUUUCUUUUCCCGCCAGAGCGGUACCUAUUUAUCUACUUUCACUUUGAUGUAGUUUUGAACUGCUAGGUUGGCAGGAGCUGGGACCGAGCAACGGGAGCUCACCCCUUCACGGGGAUUCGAACCACCGACCUUUAGAUCGACAAGACCUAGGCUCAGUGUUUAAGACCACAGCGCCACCCGCGCCCAGAGGGGGACAUGUUAGAAGUAUAUAAAAUAGUGUGGAUUAAGUGGACAGAGUGAAGUUUCUCUUUCAUAAAACUAGAACUUGGGGCAGUCCAAUGAAAUUGAAAGCUAGAACAUUCAGGGCAGGUGAAGUCCUUAUUCACACAGAGCAUAGUGAUACUAAGAAAUUUAUUCCCACAAGAUGACGUGAUAGACACCCACUUGGAUAUCUUUAAAAGAGGAUUAGACAAAGGGCUAUUGUGAAGGACAGACCCUGGCUCCGCCUCCUGAGUGGAGUUUCAGCCAAUCAGGAAAGUAGGCAGUUAGAACUGUUAGACAGGUCAUAACUGUCUCCAGGAGCCCAGAUGGGGCAGGAGCCUAGAUAGGGCAGGAACCCAGAUGGGGCUUGUCUGUCAGAAUCCCAAUCUGGGCUCCUGCCCUUUCUUGUGAAGAUCCUAGAAGGGGCUGAGAGUUUUUUUUCUCCUAGAAUAAGAGUAAUUUCCAUUCCUUUCUAGGAGGAAUGAGUAUUUAGAGCAGUGGUGUAGCGUGGUAGUGGGGCCGUGGGCGGGGCACAGCGCCAUAGUGAUCUCUGCCCACUGCAGCAGUUGGGGGGCCACGCCCUGCCCUGUCCUGGGCUGUUGUGUCCUUCUCAUCGCCCUCCAGCUUGGGGGGUGGCUGAGAAGGAUGCAACAGGCAUGGGCCUGGCCCUUGCGAGCCCAGCACUGCUUUUGCGAGCUGCGCUGCUUGCAGGGAGGGCACCGUGAGCUGUUGCAUCCUUCCCACGACGCCCUCCAGCUGGGAAGCGGCUGAGAAGGAUGCAACAGGCAUGCUCGCAGGACCCGGGGUGCCUGCCUGUUGUGUCCUUCUGUCACCCCCCAGCUGGAGGACACCAUGAGGAGGACACCACAGCUCACGACACCCUCCCUGCAAGCAGCGCAGCUCGCAAAAGCAGUGCUGGGCUCGCAGGGGCCAGGGCCCAUGCCUGUUGCAUCCUUCUCAGCCACCCCCCAAGCUGGAGGGCGAUGAGAAGGACGCAACAGCUCAGGAUGGUGCAAGGCGUGGCCCCCCCAACUGUUGCAGUGGGCAGAGGUCACUAUGGCGCUGUGCCCCGCCCACGGCCCCACUACCACGCUACACCACUGCUCUGAAUAGACUCAUUCCUCCUAGAAUAGAAAUUGCUCUUAUUCUAGGAAUAAAAAGCUCCCGGCCCCCACGGUGUGCCCUGAUGCGGGUGUGCUGCUGAUGUUGCCUGCCCCGGGCGCAGGCAGGAAAUGCUCUGCCUCUGAUUCAGGGACAGGUUUAAGGUAAGAAUUUUAAGGAAGUUCUUCACUAUCUCUGUAAAGAGUGUCUAAAACAAUGUUGGUACCUUAUUAGAGUAACUAUUAAGCUAUACCUUUCAUUGAGGGGAAGUGUUCUAGCUUUCCCCCCAAAUGUGCCUCAUUCUUACUUUGAUCCUCUGGGUAACGGAUAAACGUUAACAUGGUUUCUCCUUGCCACACCUUGCUGCUGGCUACUAUUAAGAAGUGAUGACCCAUGCUGAUAAUAACAGACCUCUCAAGUGUUCUGACAGGGAGACUCUUAAGUUUUAAAACCACCCCAAAAUUGGAUCAUAUUUAUUGAUGGAAGAUGCUACAGCUGUCAGUGGUACUAGCGAUGAUGACUGAUGUGCCUCCACUGUCAGAGGCAGGUGUUGUACUCAGUUUCUGCUUGUGUGCUUUUUCAUAGACAUCUGGUUGGCCACUGUGAGACCAGGAAGCUGCACUAGAUGGUCUGCUCCAGCAGGGCUUUUCUUAUGUUCUUACAGUUUGCUAGUUUGAAUGCAGCUGCAAGCUAUGGUUUGUGCUAUGCAGUGGUACCUUGGUUUAUAACUUAAUCCGUUCCAGAAGUCCGUUCUUAAACCAAAGCGUUCUUAAACCAAGGUGUGCUUUCCCAUAGCAGCGGGGGACUCAAUUUACAAAUGGAACACACUCAACAGGAAGCGGAACAUGUUCUGCUUCCAAGGCAAAGUUCACAAACCAAAACACCUACUUCCGGGUUUGCAGCGUUCUUCAUCCAAGUUGUUCGUAAGCUAAGCCAGGCAUCCCCAAAACUCGGCCCUCCAGCUGUUUUGGGACUACAGUUCCUAUCCUCCCUGACCACUGGUCCUGUUAGCUAGGGAUGAUGGGAAUUGUAGUCCCAAAACAGCUGGAGGGCCGAGUUUGGGGAUGCCUGAACUAAGCUGUUCUUAAACCAAGGUACCACUGUAUUGUAUUGCUGAGGUUGAAGGCAGUGUGUGAACAUGAAGAACAGUAAAAGAUAAUCUAUAGUUCAGGGCAACUAGCAGUUGCUCAGCCAGUACAGAAGCUAGUUGGACUGAUGAAGCACUCUCGUUUGUGGGCCCCAAUAUACAAGGCAAUGAAGGCGGAGAUCACUUUCUUUAAUAAUCUCUUCCAAUAUGACUCUUUCUGUUUAAGAUCUUUAGUAGUGAUUUUUAAAAACAGAACGGUAACAUGAUCUUUUCUUUCAUGAAUAGGAACCUUUUGGACCGAGACACAUUUUCAAAAUCUGAUCCAAGUAAGUAUAACAUUUAUUUGUUAAUGAAAUUUUCAAUUUUCUAUUCACCUCUCACAAUGUUUUCUUUUAGAUUAAGAUGAAUUAUGCAAGGGACUGGAUGAAAGGUUAAUUAGCCAGUAAUCCUUAAUGAUAAUUUUUGCUACUGGUUCUUGUGUAAGUAAAUCAGUUUCCUGGUACUAUAAAGCCAGGGCUGCAAUGAAGCCAACCUUGCAUCCUUCUGAUAUGGAUUUUCCUUUACCACUAACAUUGAACAAUUCUUUUGAGUGAUGGAUGCAUAAAUAAAAACUGAAUAUUUGCUAAAUGAGGAGUUUAAAAUAGUUUCUGUUUGGAAAAUCAAGGAAAAUAAUGAACUUUGAAGAAAGCCUUGUUCUCUUCAUUGCUAGUAGACGUGCAUAUGCACUUUUCUUGGGCAUGGUAAAUAAACUAUAAGAGCCAACCUUUAAUAGCAGAAUAUUAAAUGUCUGGAAGACAAGGAGAUAUUUCCUCCAUUGUUCUUAAAUGGUUUCCCAGUUAGAAGGAUAUUGGUGAAAGAAGUGUCUUAAAAAAAAAAAGUUUUGUAACUUCAGCUGAUAGGGCUAAAAUAUUCUGUAGCUGUUAAACUUGAAACAGGUUUCUUCUACUUAUGGUUUGUUAGAUCUGAUGUAUAUGGUCAGGAAUAACAGCUAGACUGUAUGACAUAGUAUUCAAGUAAGACAGUGUUUGAAUGCUGGAUCUUAUUGUGAAGUUUCAUUAAACAUGAAGCACGAUCUCAGAUGGCUUAUAACUCCUAAAUGGACUUGGAUGUCUUAUGUAAUAUUUUAACGUUUGCCUAAUAUCUGUAGCAUUAUAGCUUUGAGUAUUAGUUGUAAUGGAAAAGUUAAACAGAACAUAUGAAAUUGAUCAAAUUCUUCUUUUUUGUCCCCACAGUCUGCGUUUUGUAUACCCAGGGUAUGGGAAAUAAGGAAUGGAGAGAGGUAAAGCUUUUUGUUGUUGCAUUUAUAUACGUAUAUAUAUGCAAUAUAUAUAUUGUUGCAUGCCACCCCAAUCUCAGAGCAGUGCGAGAUUACUAGUAACCCUAGUAAUCUUACCCAGGGUUCAUGUUUGCUUUGGAAUGAGGUACAGAAGAGACUGUGGUUCCAUUAUGAUGUAUGGUUCUAUUAUGAUGUAUGGUUUAUUUACACAUCUAUACAACCUGAGCCUGCAAUGGAGGGAUCACAGCAUUAACACCCCAAGAGGGUCUUACUUCCUCCGUAGUGAUAGCCUUGAACUCAAACAGAAAUUGAACAUUGCUCUGUCUGGCUUCCCAGCUUCUAGCUCAGGGGCCAGCAAACUUUUUCAGCAGGGGGGCCAGUCCACUGUCCCUCAGACCUUGUAGGGGGCCAGACUAUAUUUUUUGGGGGGGGAAAUGAAUGAAUUCCUAUGCCCCACAAAUAACCCAGAGAUGCUUUUUAAAUAAAAGCACACAUUCUGCUCAUGUAAAAACACCAGGCAGGCCCCACAAAUAACCCAGAGAUGCAUUUUAAAUAAAAGGGCACAUUCUACUCAUGUAAAAACAUGCUGAUUCCCAGACUGUUUGCGGGCCAGAUCUAGAAGGCGAUUGGGCUGGAUCUGGCCCCUGGGCCUUAGUUUGCCUACCCAUGUUCUAGCUCAUAUCACUCAACUCUCAAUGCUGCCCUUUGUCUUUCUAACUCCCAGGCAGUUCAGGGAAGGGGCCCACCCAUUUGCCCUCUGGUGCCUUUGUCUCUUCACAGCACAUUACCUAGGCUAUCACCUUAUCAGGAAGCUAGUCUGUCUUACCAGGAAUUAGAAGGGGGACUAGGCAUACCCCCCCCCAAAAAACCCCUCACAAUAUAAAGCAGUGCUUUUUUUGUACUGGUAGAAGGAAAAAGCUUGUAGCUUAGUUUCAAUAAAAAGUGAUAGCUCCAGGUUGUUAAUAUAGAGACUUGGGAUCACAUUUUUUUAAGAGCAAUGCAUACUGGGCUCAUUCACACAUCACACAGUAACAUAAGUAAUGAUUUAACAUGAAUGUGCUUAACUCACCUAUUUUGCUCUUCUCUGAUAAUAUGUGGGGGAAACAAACCAUGAUUCUUGACAUUAGUAUUAAGUCCAGUGCAGAGAUUGUGGGUACAGACUAACUAUGAUCUGUAGAGAGGAAUUGUUCUUGGCUUAAUUUGGUUUGUUUCUUAGACAUUCUAGUAGGGAGGAGCAAAGCAGGUGAGAUUGGUAUGUAUGGAUUACCUUGAUGCGUGAAUGAAGGUACUCUGUUCCCCAAUCCUUGUUAUACUACCAUAAUAUAAGUUUUCUUCUUGCAAGUCAUGUUUAUUUACUCUGAACUAAGACCCAUUGACAGCAGCACAAGUAAAUAUGUUCAGGUACAAAUGUGUAUCAUUGUAUUUUCUUUUUCAACGUAUUCAUGGUUUCCAAGGGUAAAGCCUCAAUUGUAAAAUUCAUCAAGAUGCCUGAAGGUAUUAUUUCAAAGCCUUCCAAUUUGGAGUUCCAGAAAUAUUAGUAUCAGCUGUAAAUUUAUUCAUUGGCUAUAUUUCUUGAUCCACCUAAGAGCUUGGAUUUGCAGCAUCUCUGGCAGUGACUUAGAUUAAUUACAUUUUCUGCACUGGCUGAAAAAGCCAGUCCUGGAUUGGCAGGACCUAUCAGUGGACAGUGGAUCUAUAGAUGCAGGGAGGUAACAUCUGACACUCUGCUUCCAUUUGCUUUGUGGCGCUUUUUAUUUAUUUAUUUAGAGCACUUGUAUGCUGCUCUUCAGCCAAAAAGUCUCCCGGAGCGGCUUACAAGAAAGCUAAACAAGACACUCCCUAGACACUCUGCAGGUUUACAUUCAAAUAAAUAAAUAAAAAUACAACACACGAGGGGAAAAGAACAAAGCUCAAAGCUGAGGCUCCAGUUUCUAGACAGUUGUUCCUAUAUUGACCAGCUGGCAUAGUUCAGAAGCAGGAGGUAUUGUAUCCCCGUCCGAGUCCCAUUGCCAAGCAAGCAAGGGCUAAGAGUCUCUAAGGAACACUUGUCUGAGAGCAGAAUCCACAUACAAAGUCAGACAGUUAGAGGUCAGGGAAUCCAGAUGACCACAGAGCCAAGGGUCCAGUCUAGGGAUCCAGAUAGCAAGCAGCAAGAUAGAGCCAGGAACCACAAGUAUUGUUUCCGGCAUUUGACUGCUGCUGAGAGCUCUGUUUAAGAAGGCCAGAGCCAGCUGGUUCCCAUCAGUGCCUUCUCCUCUUGUGUCCUUGAAGGCUGAUCAUCUGCAGGUAGAGUCACUCCCCCUUCAGACUGCUGUUAAGCAGGCAAAGCUACACUAGGUGCUUGAUGGAGCUGGGCCUCAAGCAAAGCAGAUGCAAUGAACCCUGCUUCAUCCCUCUCCCAGUGAGGCAGUCUGAUGAAAUGGCUGCCCCCAGAUGACAGUUGAGGGAGAAGAGGCCUGAUUUGUAGUCAUAGCUUGAAGCACCUGUCUAGAAUCUGUGACAACUGAUGUUACUAUUACUUCCCAGAGCUUUCUAUCCCUUUGAUGCCAAAUUCCAUAUUUUUGGAGGCUACAGAAACACAUCUCCUUAAAAUGUUGGACUUCAUGACUUAUAUUGUAGUAAGCUUAGUCAACGCCAUAGCCUUAACCCAUACAAUAUUAGGAAUAUAGGAAGCUGCCUUAAAUAAAGUCAGGCAAUUGGUCCAUCUAGCACAGUAUUUUCUUCACUGAUUGACAGCAGCUUCCUAGGGUCAUAUACAGGGAACAUUCCCAUUCAUACAUGGAGAUGCUGCCAAUUGAACUUGGAACCCGCUGCAUGCAAAGAUGCUCUAUCACUGAGCUGUAGACCGGCCCUUCCCUGGUGUAUUGAUUUUAGGUUUUUGUAGAUGCUCCCAUUUAGAUUGUUCCUGAUUCUGAGUUUCUUGGUUCUAAUGGAGAAGAUAAAUUGUCCACUUUGAAAUCUUCCUUUUAGCAAUUAAAGUGUUCUGGGAGAUUUAGAAGUUUUGUUUGUGUGCUGUUUAAAAACAAAUACAAGUAAAAUGUUGUUAAUUGGCACUUUGCUUAGAAUCUCAGAGGAAAAGAUUGCUUAAUAGUGUCUGCUAGUUAUAACGCCCUGUCCUGCAUCCGCUGCCAAUUCCAGAUUCUGAGCAAAUUAGCAGAAAUUGUUCUUUCCAACUAUUACUAAAGAUUUUCCUUAACUCUUCACUUGUUCUGAAGCUUUAUAUCAUGUUUCAUGGCUCAAACAAUGGUUUAGUUUUUAAUUAUUUUUAUAUAUAACCUCUGAAAAUUUGUAUGAGAAAUUAAUAUGAUGUAUAUACCCUAUCUCUGGAAAAUUUAUAAAAUGCAGCGUUUAUUGCAAUACUUUACUUCAGGAUAUCGGCUGCAUAUUUUGGAAAAUGGUUUGUCUGUUUGAUUUCUGUUUGGCACCUCUUAAGAUAUUGUAAACAAAUAUUGCAUGAUAGCUCCUGAGAUCUUAAGUAAAAUAAAUAUUGAUGAAAAUUACAUUCAUUGGGUGUUGAAUAGUCUCAGACUAGGAGCUGCUUUUAGCGAGGUCUCUUUCCCUGCCAAAUGAAAACCUUAUAUUUCUUCAUUUUUUUUGUCUUGUGUGUGCGUAUGUACUUAACAUAUGUAGUUUUUAUUGAUAUACUUCCCACAACAUCUUAUUUUACAGUUUGGGAGAACUGAAGUAAUUGACAAUACUUUGAACCCAGAUUUUGUGAGAAAAUUUAUAUUGGAUUACUUUUUUGAAGAGAGACAGAACCUGCGAUUUGACUUGUAAGUUUAUUUAUAUACUUUGGGGUUUGAUUAUAUUAUGACAGUAUAUCUGAUCUACAAGAAUAGUUAAUGAAGUGGAAUUUUAAAACAUUUUGACAUUAGAUUGUAUCUUAAUGUAGUGGUAAAACAUGUUUCCAGUUAAUUCACUACAGCAAACUAUGUUGUUUCAAAUUCAGCUAAUGGAACUACAGUUUUCCUUGGUAUAAUUAUUAUUUUACACUAUGGUUACUAAACCCGGUCAGCUUCGAGGAAACUUUUAGCAACCUUGUUAAAACACUUUUUCCAGAUUGCCAUCCACCCGUUAGGCCUCACCAGCACUAUAACUGAAGACUUUUGUUGAAGCCUCUGCUUCAAGUUCUGCUGACCUAUUUAAGUGCAGGUCUGUUUUUGCUGUUCUUUUUCCUGGAAUCUUCCCCUGGCUCUCCUACCAGACAUUUCCUGCCUAGCAUUCCAAACAGCACAUCACUUCUUCUCCAUCAGUGCUCUAGAAAGGUUCUUCACUUGUCUCUUCAGCCUAAGGCAAGUGAGUCAGCUAUCCCAGCAAUCCUCUGGCCACCAAGCCACUCUGCCAUCCUUUCAGGUCUUCUUUCUUCCUCCUUGAUCCACUUCUGUUGCCUUCUCCUGGCUGUCCAUAACAAUUGCCAGUCAUGGACCCUCCAACCAUAUAGCCAGCUCCUAGCCAUAUAUACACUUAUUCUGGCCACUCUAGUCCAACCCCAGCCAAAUUCAAAACUUGUACCCACCAAUCAGAACAUGCGGAACUUCUGUUCUUUUGCAUACUGAGAGUUCCAUCUCCACUCCCACCCCAAGCAUUAAGGGUUAAGGUUCUGCAUUGACAGCUAAAUCGACGUUCACCUGAACAGACAUAGAGAGUUCCGCCAUCAUACACAUUACAAUGUACAUUACAAUGCAAAUGAUGGAAAGAUUACACAAUACCAGCUAAAACCCAGUUUUAACCAGCAAGAUUACUUCAUUGUUUUACAUGGGUAUUUGAGCUUAUAAGUAGAUUAAAAUAUUUUGUUCUUUUUCAUUUUAGGUAUGAUGUGGAUUCAAAGAGUCCAAAUUUAUCGAAACAUGUAAGUGCUACUUUAUUUUAACCUUAUGUGUUUCCAUAUCUCAUGUACACAUUUUAUGUAUUUUAAGCUCUAAUUAUCCCUGACUGUAAUUUCUGCAUCUCAUUGCUAUUUAACUCCUACCUUACAAUUUUGUCCUUUAUAUACAUGCCAUUUACGAUUUCACUUCAUGCAUCUCAUGAAGUGAGCUUGAGUCCAUGAAAGCUUACCGUAUAUCAUACCAUCUGUUAGUCUUUAAGAUACUACAAUGUGCUCUAAAUAUUUUUGCUGCAAUAUACUAACAGAAGUGGACAACAUUCAAGACAGUUGUCAAUCUUCCCAGGAGUGGACAUCAGCACCAUUGUUUGUUUCACAACCACCAUCAACAGGGUGGCCUCAGGAGGAAGUUAGCUGGUAUUCCCAGCCCCUGCUAAACUCAGGAAAUUAUAAGUUUGCUCAAAUUCUGACCCUUCACUGAACGUAGAGAUUAUGGGGAGUCUGUCCUCCAAUAUCCACACCAGUACAUGAAGAAGAAAGAAACAUUUUCCUCCUGCACUUCUCAAAAUUUUUGUUGUUGCAGCUUAUCAUAGUUAAGAUAGUUCUGGAUCCAGACAGCGUGACAAGCUUUGGUUCAUGAAAAGCAAGGUUCCAAACUUGCCCAGGUUAAGGUGCAAUGCUCACUUAAGCAUUAAUUAUGAACCAUAAUUAAUCAGUGUGUCCAAAUAAAGCCUUUUAUUCUAUCUAAAUACUGCAUUUCUCAUACCCAUAAGCUUACUAAGUGCAAAGUGGGGAUGGGGACUUAGAUUUAUCAUUUUCAUAAUAAUUUUUCAGGACUUCUUGGGACAAGUUUUCUGUACGCUUGGAGAGAUUGUUGGAUCGCAAGGAAGCAGAUUAGAAAAGUCAAUCAUGUAAGUGUAUUCUUUUCAAAGAAACUGAUGCUAAACUUCCUAUAUCCUUCCCACUAGCUACUGAUCCUGCCUUUGGGUCUGGCAGAUCCUUGUGUUCUCUGGUAUUUGACAAAUAAAAAUUCUAGACAGGGAAUACUGUCAAGGAAUGUCAUUUUUUAUUCACUGUUGGGUGUUCUGAAUUUGUGUGGUGCUGUUUUAAAGUAAAUUAUAGCACUGUCUUCAAUUAAGGUGAAUUGCUUUUUCAGCAUUCCAUCAUUAUAUAGCCUGAAAUUGUAGCCACCAUAAAAAUCAAGUUCUAUCAAUAGGAAAUUUGACAUGGAAAAUCCACUUUUUCGAGGUAUAAUCUAACCAAAUGACACCGUUUAUGAACUUGGCUUGUUUCAACAAACCAUAGUUAAGAUUAACCACAGUUGGUCUGGUUUCAGCUGGUUUCAGAAUAGAAUGACAAGCUGCAGUCAAUCUAACACAGAAGCAAAAGCUUAUGAGCUCUUCCCUGCAGCCAUAUCUAAGAAGCAAACAGUGAGGGGAGCUUGUGAGCUGAAGGCUUAUUGUUGGCGAUUCUCAUGACUCAAAACUAUGGGGUUAACAUUCCAUCCAAGCAAGACCAUCGGCUGCAAUCUUUUUUCCUCUUGCCUAAAACAUAAUUAUGUCAAAUGCAAAAAUAUGCAUUUAGCUACCUCAGUAAAACUCCAUUAUAUAGCCUUGUUACAAGUUCCCAUUUUAAAUCAGUCACUGAACUAAAGGCAAUUUUAAAACUCGCAUCUAUUUGGCAGAUUGAAGCUUCCCUGGUGGAACCUGCUUUCCAAAGCAAAAAUGGCCAUUGGCGGCGCAAGCAGUCUGCAGAAGUGUGUAUUUGUAGAUGGGGAAAGGAAGCUCCUGUGUGUGUUUGCAUGUGGCUGCAUAGUGCUGCAUGUGCUUGCAUUUCCCUAAAAUGACUCUCUGGGAGCGACGCAGCAUUGUGACAUAGCUUUGUUCCCAUUGGGACAUUUUAGAAGAAUUAAGAAAGCUGAUUGCAUUAAGAAUGACAGCUGUGCCACCUCUUGAAGCAGCAGUGAAACUUUUUAUAAGAAAGGGAGAGAGAAAAUUUAAAACUCCUGCCACUUCAUCUUAUGGUAACCCUUCCUGCUCCCUAUGAAAUUAACUAGAAAUUUUAUCCCCUUGCCCAAAGCCUGUUAAAUAAACCUCCACCUGCCACUUCCAUUAGAGGUGAAUGGCUUUAUGAAAAUAGAGGGCAUUUCUGGCCCAGCUUUGGGCAUGCUCCUUUGCAUGGUGCUGUACAUAUUUGCAUAGUGUUUGUGUGCGGCAUGCUUUUGCAUGUUGCUGCAUAUUCUCCUCUGUUUGCAUGUGACACGCUGCUAUAUGUAACUAUGUGAGUGCCACACUCCUGCAAAUCUUUGCAUGUACUUUGCUGCUCUGUGGGCGUUGUGCUGCUGUGCCUGUUUGUUUGAGGCAUUUUCCUGCAUGAAUUUGUGUGUGCUGUGUUGCAGACCUUUUUUGCAUGCUUCAUGUUACUAUGUGUGCUUGUAUGUAGAAUACUGCUAAGUGUAUUUGCAGGUGAUAUGCCACUGUGUGUGUAGAAUUACUAUGCAUGUUUACAUUUGAUGUGCUUCUGCAUGAGUGUGCAGUUGUGUGCUGUGUACUUUUGCAUGGUCUGUGCUUAAUAGGUAGUAUGCUCCUGAGUGUGUAAUGUGAUGCCAUUGGCAUGUGAUGCGCCUUUUCAUAGCUGUAUGUGUUUGAGAGAGUGAGUGAGUGAGUGGAGCAGCCCUGACUUUACAAUAUUUUCUGUCUUGCCUUGCCCACUUCCUCUAACAUUCUGCUUUACAACUCUUUUGAUACUUCCUCCCUAUUCACUUGAUUUGCAGUCUGUAACAGUGGACUACAUUGCAGGGUUGUGAAAGCCACUUUGCCAGCUAUAGCCCCUCUCCCCCACUGGAGCUAAACCUCAGUGCACUACAUUGUCUGGCUUUGGGGGACAAACUAUGAAGGUGAUAAAAGCAGGAAUAACGUGCAGGCGACAGUAAAAAUGGCCUUAACUUACAGAUUAGUCAGAUGUAUGAAACAUUUCCUGUAUUUUCAUAUAGUAUAGAUGCUGAGUUUUACAGGCUAAAAAGCCAAGUUUAAUCUUUUAAUUAAGUUUUGUGCUCCCCAGUUAUGUGAGUUUUCUGGAAAAUAUAUAUAGGAAUUUUUUCUGAUGCCCUAGAAAGUGAUCUAAUUUAGCAUGUUUAUUUUACUUAUAUUUACUAAACAAAGCCGAAAAUGUUGAAUCUGUCAAGCAUGCCUAAUAUUUAUUUGCAGUUGACACCAAUUUGUUGUUACUAAUGAAUGGGAGAUAUGGAAUUUUUUUGGUGGAAAAAUAAUGCACCAAAAAAAAUUCCUUCAUCACUGAUAAUCUCACAUUUUGUGCUCGCUUGCAACAUAACACCCAUAAACCAAUAUUUCCCUGGGUCUUUUAGCCCCAAUCAUAAUCCUCUGCAUGUUGUGGGAACACCAGAAGUAAAGACACUAUGGUGCAGUGAUACACUGAUCCUCUACUUUCCCUAUUAGUUAAGGAGAAUGGCAUAUAUUAGUACCACAGGACUAUAUAUGAGAGCUUGCUCAGGUUGAUGGAUGGAGAAUGCAGAGAGGGAACUCUGGAGAGGAAUGAACUGGUGAGUUUGGAAUCCUUGUAUUUAAUUGCUAUUACAAUGUUGUUUUGUUACAGAGGAAUUCCUGGGAAGAAAUGCGGCACGAUAAUAAUGACAGCAGAGGAGCUCAACUGUUGCCGGGUAAGUUCACAUUUUGGUUUUCUUUUGCCAAAGUAUAUUGUUUGUCUCCUAGUUAGCAUAGAGUACAAUUCAAAGUGUUGGUGCUGACCUUUACAGCGGUAAAUGGCCUCAGUCCAGUAUAGCUGAAGGAGUGUCUCCACUCCCUCAUCUCACACUGAGAUCUAGCACCAAGGGCCUUCUGGUGGUUCCCUCACUGCGAGAAGUGCAGUUACAAGGAACCAGCCAGAGGGUCUUCUUGGUAGGGGCAUUCACCCUGUGGAACGCCUUCCCAUCACAUGCCAAGGAGAUAAGUAACUAUACAAGCUUCCCUGCAUAGGGAAGUUUUAAAAUGUUUAAUUAUGUUUUUAUGUAUGUUGGAAGCUGCCCAGAGUGGCUAGGGCAACCCAGUCAGAUGGGUAGGGUACUGUUGCUGUUGUUGUUGUUGUUGUUGUUGUAUUAAAUCCAUGUGUAUAUUGCUAGACUUUUAAGACUAGCUAUUGCAUGCUUAUACAGUGGUACCUCAGGUUACAGACGCUUGAGGUACAGACUCCGCUAUCCCAGAAAUAGUACCUCGGGUUAAGAACUUUGCUUCAGGAUGAGAACAGAAAUCACGCGGCGGCAGCACAGCAGCAGGGGAGGCCCCAUUAGCUAAAGUGGUAUUUCAGGUUAAGAACAGUUUCAGGUUAAGAACGGACCUCCAGAACAAAUUAAGUUCUUAACCUGAGGUACCACUGUAAUCAGACUUUGAAGAGUAGACGUCUUGGCAUUUGCUAUAGAAGUAGAGCUAAUCUUGUGCUGCUUUAAAUAAUUAAAUCUAUUUAGGAACAACAAAGGACACAGCCUUAUACCAAGUCAGACCAUAUAUCUCAGUAAUACUGUCAAACCUCGGUUUUCGAACGUAAUCCGUUCCAGAAGACCCUUCACCUUCUGAAAUGUUUGACAAAGACUCUCCUCCCUGGAAGAGAGGGGAGUGGUUGUGGGUGGGAGCCCGAGCACCGCCCCUAGCAGGGGCAUUAGCCCCCUGCCUCCUCCUCUCACCUGGCUGGCGCCCACGCCCCCUCGGCAGGCAUCCAACCAGGUGCCUUCGAGGGGGCACGUUCAGCAGCCUUUUGCAGCGGCGCCAGCCUCUCCUCGGCCUCAUUCUUCUCCGUCCUCUCGUCGCGAGUCACCCACCCUCCACUCCCUUUUAGCUCAGGGUCUUUGUUCUUUGGCCUUGCUAUGGACCUUAGGUUGGUCACCCUGGUUGUCCGGGGGGCCUGGUAGGAAUUUUUCCAUUUGGCAUUAGGCUUUUUGGUUUUUUCGCCUACCUCGCAGCAAUCGUCACAACUUUUUGUGGCAUUGGUGGGUAGGUUAGGCAUUGGAAUAAUGUGUUGUGGUGUGUCGAAGGGCUGGGUGUGGCCAUCGCCUAUGCCUUCAAUUUUUGGGUAUUCCGUUAAAGGAAUCUGGCGGUCGUGUACUCUGUCCGAUGCCUGCUUGGCGGGAGGCCAUGGCAGUGACAUCAGGGGAGAGCCUAUAGUUGGAUUAGCAUCAACAGGCUCCACCUACUGGUGAAUAAACCCCUUGUUUUAGACAUCCAAUGCCUAAGCCAAUACCUUUUCACUGCUGUAAUCAAUAAAGUUGUGGCCUUUUCUUGCCCAUUAACCUUAUAUCACGUGUCCUUGUGUAUUUAUUUCACAUCGCGGGGGUCGGGUCCUCGAACCACAACCGAGGCACAGCUUUUGAUUGGCUGCAAGAGCUUCUUGCACUCAAGCAGAAGCCGCGUUGGACGUUCAGGUUCCGCAAAGCUUACGAAAACCGGAGCAUUUACUUGUGGGUUUUCGGCGUUUGGAGGCCAAAACGUGCAAAAAUGGAGCCAUUCGAGAACUGAGGUUUGACUGUAUUGACACUGAUUGGCAGUGGCUGUCCAGGGUUUCAGACAGGAGUCUUUGCUACAUGAAGAUACCACAGAUUGAACCUGGGUUAUUUUGCAUGCAGAAUAUGUCCUAUCUACCACUGAGCUGCAGCUCCUCCUCAAGGAAUAUUUUGUGUUGAUGCAUAGUCCCAGUUUUUAUUAGUCUUAAAAUUUAACAGGACUUACCAUUGUUAAACCAAGUAUGUAUGCAUGGAUGCUGGAGCUAAAUGCAAGGCUCGUUGUAAUAAAAUGGCUACCACAUGUAGACAGGUCAAAAUCUACAUGCUUUUCUUCACGAGUAGCUGCUUUCCUUGUGGAUCAUUCAGGACCACUUGUUUUGCCUCCGCAAUGUUGCAACAGUGUGGAGAAAACAGCAUGGUAGUCACAUACCAAAUUCCUGGUCCUGAAUGGCUUGUCACGUAGAAUCAGCAGCCAGUGGGUGCAGUUCAAAUAGCCUUCAACCAGAGAGGAUAUGAGCUCACAUAAGCAAAACACCUCCCUAUACAUAAAAAUGUGUCAGAAAAGGGUUGCUUUAUUAAUUCUUUUGUUCCCUUUCUAUUUAUUUUAGCAAUUUAUAUACCAUUUAAAGCUGUGGUUUCUAAGUGGUAUUUUUUCUGUUGAUACAGUUUUGUGGCAUUUUAUGCUAUUGUAUUUAUUUUAUAUAUUUUUUUAAAUUAACUAUUAUUGGAGGUUGUCAAAGAGCAGAAUGGAGAGCAAAUAAAGAAUAUCUCCUGUUGUAGAACUAAUAUAAAUUCUAACAUGAUAUUUGGGUAAUUGCAGUGGGAGAAGGAACAAGAAAUCCUUGCUAUCUCUUAAUUUGUAAUUGACAUUUUGUUAACAGUAUAGCUUCAGAAGCCUAAAAUUAUGAAUAAAUUGAUUAAAAUAUUUGAUAUGAUAUGUGUGACACAAAUGACUCAAAAUUCAUGACUAUGUUCCCAUCUUGGUAGCAAAUGAAAAGAAAACCAAAAAUUACUUUGUAGUACCUCUUUUUUGGUUAGUAAAAUGAAAGCAAUGUAAACUUGAUGCCUAAUACUUAUGCAGUUUUUAAUCAGUGUAAAUAGUAUGCUUGGUAUAAAUUAUAUAUUUAAUUUGUAUUACACUCUUCUAUUAUUAGGAUGCUGUACUGAUGCAGUUUUGUGCUAACAAAUUGGACAAGAAAGAUUUCUUUGGAAAAUCUGAUCCCUUCCUGGUAUUUUUUCGCAGCAAUGAAGAUGGCAGGUAGAUACUCUUAUUUUCUUCUAUUAAACAUGAAGUGUUGUAAAUUAUAGGGGUGACCAGGGGAUUUUGUGUGUAGUGUAUUAAAAGUUUCUCUUUCACAGUGCACUUGUCUUAUUUUUUCUAGACUUACAAACCUCUUGUUUCAAAAUACAAGUCACAAUUACACUGAUGAGGAGAGAAUGUGUAUUUCCUCCAUAUGCCUGCUUCAAUAGCUUUUUAAACAAACCAACAAUAUUUCAUAUUUAUGCAAUUUUUCAAAUGUGGUCUUGCUCAAAAAAAUAUAAAUCACUAACAGAUGCUUAUAAUGAAUAACAGUGAUUUGGGUAUCUAGGUUUCUUAGAUAAGUCUAGGUUUCUUAACUUUUCAACUAAAAAAAAUCCUGAACUGAGGGAAAAAAACAGCUGGAGUGGUUAAAAACAAUAUUUACAGUUUCAGCAGUCUUGUAUCUUUAGAGUGCUGUUGAUUAGAAAUUGAAACAGUCCAGUGCUCUAGGGAACUCUUUGCGCAAGCACCUCUGUGCAUUAAAUAUGCCUAAAUUGCCUAUUUUAGUGGGUUGGUACUGGAACAAUGAGUAAGAUACUGGUUUCAUGCAAGAGCAAUCAACAUUUUGAAAAGGGUAAACUAGUAAUCAUUAUAUACUUGGACUUCCAAAAUACUUUUGGCAUAAGAUGGUGAGCCAGUAAUUGUUUAUGGAAAAGGAGACAGAGUUACACAGAGUUCUCAUGACAGAGGAAAGUAGGCAGUGCUCCCCAUAUCUGGUAUGGGUCUGGUGCUAUUUAAUAUUUUUUGUUAAUGAUCCAGAAUUUUGGGUUUGUAAUAAGGCAGAUUAGUUUGCAGACGACAUGCUUCAACAUGCUAACAACACUAUGUUCUGGAAGAUUUUUGGUUACUUACUCAUUUAUAGCAGGGGUGGCUAACCUUUGGGUCCCUAGAUGUUGGACAGCAAUUCCCAUCAGCCACAGCAUUUUUUGGGCGGGACAAAUGUUAGCCACCCCUGACUUGCAGCCGUAGACAAAUCGCUUUUCUCUCUGCCUUGAUAGUAUCCAAGUAUAUAUAUAGUUGCUAUACAUCAGAUGGCGGUGAGAUGGAGAAAACUGUAAAAGAACCUAUUGAAAGUUGCUUGUGGCAAUACUGCUUUCUGACGGCAUGUGCCUCUUCAUUUGCAUCAGUUGGAAUCCAUUGUCUGGUUGGGUAUGAUCUCAUCUGGGAACAAGGCAGGAAAGAAAAGACCUGGUGUGUGCAUCUUCAUCUCCACUUGGGAAUCUGCAGUGAUGAAAAAUGAGACCAAUCAUAUUUUCAUCCCUCAUGAUUUACUAUUGGCAUCCAUUUUGCCUGGAGUCAUCAUAGUAAGCCAUAAGCCAUGGUUUUCUGUGAAGGAGCAGCACACAAGUGCAUGCUGCUGAAUUGCUCCCCUUUUGUUCCUCCCUUGUAGAGCCAGAAGCGACAAAUAGCAAGUCUUGGCUUAGUUGCAACGUGUGAACCAACACUCAUGGUUUGUUUCUGACCAAACUGUAAUGUUAAACCAAGGUUUCUUCUUUGCUUACUGAUCCUGGCAAUUUGUUCAGGAGAAGCAAAUUGUGAGUGUGGUUCACACGCUGCUUGUUCACAGAAUGGAGCCAUUGUAAAGAGGAAGACCCAGUGAGCUGUAACAAGGCUUAUUCAAGAUCACUUAACCCGAAGUAGUUAGAUACUUAUACCCUUUAAUCAUCGUGUCGUGCUCAUAAUCACCAUGGUUUUUCCGUAGUUUCAUAUGUGCUUAUACGGAUGAUAUGGGAUUCUACUCUUGGGUUAGUGAUUGUGAGCACAGAACCAGAAAUGGUGAGUUUUUGGUACCACAUCUAGGUGUUUGGGUCAGGUCACUAGUUGCCAUUAGCUGGAGCAUAAUUUCACUAUUUAGAACAGGCUUCUCCUGUGGCUCUGCCCUUUGAUUUCCAGCAGGGAAGAGGAAAUCUGGGAACUUCAUUCCCCACAGACCAUUGUGCAUGGGAGUAGACAAGGCACCAGACAUACCCUGAAAUCCUUGCAGCUUUCUGAGCGUUGCAGAAUGAGAAAGCAACAGACAUACAAACAUUGGGGGCAGGAGAGCAGCAUGUUCACCGUUCCUGCUCUAGAAGCUUCUUAUUGGUGUCGACAAUUAAAAUAUUGAUAUUCUCUGUGUUUAGAAAUAUACCAGUAUGAGAGAAGGUCAGUAAACAGCACCAUAGCUGUUGCAUCCUGGUGCAAAGGAGACAACUUGUCUUGAGGCUUUUGUUCUGUCUUCAGAGAGGUAGAAAAAAAAUUCAGGCACCUCCUCCCUGCUUUAAUCCCAAACGGCAACAUCUAAUAAUCAAGAACUCUUGCUGCAAAACAUUAUAAGGGAAGGAGUCUGAAUAUUUUCUUCCUCACAUAUGAAGUGGUACAACAGCCCCAUCAAAGCCCCCUCCUCUGCUUGCCAGAGUUCCUCCUCCACUUCCUGCUGCUACCCAUCAUGUGGGCUCCAUAAAAAGAAAAAGAAGUGUGGUAUAGCUAUAUGUGUAGAUUAAUUUGAAAGCUGUUCACAUGACUAAAAAUGAAAUAGUGCUCAUUUUUUAGGGGGAAAAAUUCACAUAAAUUACAGUGUAUUCCCACUUGGUGGAUUUGUUUUCAAAACUAUCAAUACCUUUAGAUAAGUAUUAAAAUAAGAAAAGCUUGUUUGUGUUUCAGCUUUACAAUCUGCCACAAGACAGAAGUGAUAAAGAAUACAUUAAAUCCAGUGUGGCAGGCAUUCAAGAUAUCUGUCAGAGCACUUUGCAAUGGAGAUUUUGACAGGUAAGAGUUAAACCUUUCGUCUUAAGUAAAGUUUUCAAAGAUUGGAGGUUCCUCAGUUUAGUUUAAUCUUUUUAGAAGGCAUAAUAUCAGUUCAAAACUUUAAGUAAAUGUUAACAUCACCAUCAUUCAUUUAGUUAAGUGUUCAUAUGUAAGAGGUACAUGGGGUACUGUAGUAUUUUCAGUAUAGUAAUAGGUACCACUCUCCACAGAUGAUUGACAAGCAGAUAAAAAGCAAACUCUCUGGAAACAUGGAGCCACUGUUGCUAGUGCACUAAGAAACUAGUUACUGCUCUUUGUCACUGCAAAGCAAAUACUGAUGAUACUGCUUUUCUCAAGAAAAAUUCUUUUUGUUAAAGGUUCCUGGAGGUGUCCUCUUACUCAGAAUUUAUGGGAUAAAAACCAGCCUACAAAGCAACUAACAGAAUGUGCUGGUGCUUCCUUCCUUCUUUUUCAUAAGUAGCAGUCAUCACAUGAACAUCUAGUGAAACAGAAAUGGAUGGAAAGGUAUCUUCCCCAUCUUGGUUACUUCAUUCAGUUGUUUUUAUAAGUCAGAUCACUGAGGCGCUUACAGACAUUGCUGAUGCCAUCUCUGCCUCAGCUGAUCCACCUCGUCUUCUGUCUUUUCCAUCUUAUGGGCCACAUAAGAAACUGAGUGGAAGGCAGACGUUUUAUAACAGUCUGAUAAGGUUAUAUCAUAACCCAGGCAAAUCAAGGCAUUCAGAACUAAGCAAACUAAGUAGAAUCAGCAGUGGCACUUCUCAGAAUGAGUUUCAUGCUUGAGUUCUAGAAAACCUAAUAGCAUUCACCGUCUUUCCUUCAUUUUCAGAGGAAAGCCCUCCCCCUUUCAAAUUAGAGGGGGAUUAGUCAUACCAAACUUCAGAACUUUAAUGAUAUAAAUUGCCUUUAAGAAAUAAAUAUUUACAAGACAACUUAAAUACUUUGGAAAAUAACCUUGCUUAAUUAUCUGACCUCAAUAUUUGCUUGAAAUGGAAAUGAAAUAGAUGCAAUUAGGUUAGACUUAACUGUUGAAAGGAUUGCACCUUUAGUAUUCCAAAACCUUCCAACGGGGCCAAUCUGUUUGAAGGCAAAUUCCUUCCCAGCUCUGAAUAUGGAAGCCAUUAAAGAACCACAGCAAAGCUAGUAAUCACAUAACCUAGAAGAAUAAAUUGUAAUAUAAAACAAGCCCCAAAGCAUGAAUAUUGAGUCCCAGGAGGCAAGCGGGAGUGAAGCCUGUUCCACUCUGAAGCCCUGCCCCCAUGGACUGGCCUGAUUGGCCAGAAUUCAAAAUUGGGACUGGUGGGGACUCCCACACGAAGAUUUCCCAACUGCUGGCUGCCCACCCCAGGACUCGGCAAGCGGCCAUUGUAAACAUAGUUUGUGCCUGAAAACCCCUGAGCUAACUUAUGACAAAUGUUUAUGACUCCACAUGAUGCUUUGCUACUUACAAAAUUUAUAUAUACAAGUUAAUACCCUCAUUUGACUUGGGACUGAGCAGAAAGUCAAAACAGUGUCUAAAAUAAUUGAUUUCUGUGGUUGACAAGGAAUUCAGGGAAUUUUCAUGAAAAGCAUCUUUCCCAAUAAGACCAUCACAGGACUAGAAUAGGCUGCAACUUCUGCUGAAGAGACCUGCAAAGCUGUUGCUGGAAUCUUCAUACAGCAUUAUUAGCAUUUUAAGAGAGAUGUAAUUUUUAUUAACAAUUCUCAUCUGUAAUCCAGAAGCAUACACACCAGGGAAUGCCAUAUUUUCCAUCCUUUGUUUGGCUAUUGGUAUAUUCUACCCUUUUGUGUGAUUGACUGGAGAUUUUGCUGUGGCAAGGAAUUUGCUCCUGGGAAAAAAAAGUAUUUCUCUGAGAGUAGAUCCAAGAAUCCACAUGUUUCCUAUUACAUUUUUCUUGUACUGUGCUCUUUAAGAAUACCUUUCUCCUAGUUAUUAGGUACACUAGCAGCAGUAUUUACCGUAUAUCUUAUUGCUACAUCUGCCUGUCAAUCACCCAUGGAAUGAGUAGUUGUUAGUUUGGAUAACUGGACCUACCCUCAUAGAAAUGUAUAGCUAGGGGAAAAUCUAAAUAUGCUGCACUUGCUGUGACAACUUGGUUUAGUACUUAUUUGUUCUAGAAUACAGCCUCCUUAAAGUGCCAUUUUCUUACAAUUGGAAUAUGACAAAUAUUUGUACCUCUCUAAUCUAGAUCUUAAUACAGUCUGUCCCAACUGUUCUAGACUUAUGAUGGUUUGGUUCCAUGUGCUUCAGAUAUCUCUGUACCACAAACAAAAUUCCUUGAGAUGUCCUGAGAUACAGGGUGAUUCCAUGAAAUAGAAAAAGCUGUUACUGUCAGAAGAAAAUGCAUAAGACAGUAAUUCAGUAAUUGCCAAGAGUCAUUUACCAUUGACAAGAAUAGGUAUUAAAUAUUUCAGAGCAAAACUGUAAUGCUUAGGAACAUAAGUUGCCUUUUACAAAGUCAUUCCACUGGUUUAUCUACCUCAGUACAGUCUGCUCUGACUGGUAGUGCUCACCCACUAACAGGCCGCAGGUGGCGCUGUGGUCUAAACCACUAAGCCUCUUGGGCUUGCUGAUCGGAAGGUCAGCAGUUCAAAUCUACGCAACAGGGUGUGCUCCCGUUGCUCUGUCCCAGCUCCUGCCAACCUAGUAGUUCGAAAGCACAUCAGUGCAAGUAGAUAAAUAGGUACCACUGCAGCGGGAAGGUAAACAGCGUUUCUGUUCGUUCUGGCACUUGUCAAGGUGUCCCAUUGUGCCAGAAGCAGUUUAGUCAUGCUGGCCACAUGACCUGGAAAUCUGUCUGUGGACAAAUGCCAACUUCCUUGGCCUGAAAGCGAGAUGAGUGCCGCAACCCCAUAGUCUCCUUUGACUGGACUCAACCCUCCAGGGGUUAUUUACCUACUUAACCUUUUGCUCUCCAGAGAUGCCGGCUAGAAUUGUUUCCCAGUCCCACCUCAGGAUACUGUGGAUUCAAUUUGUAAAUUUCGGCUUACAAAACAUUUGCUCUAUCAUGGAGUUAUGGCCAGUUGAAUUUGCAAUGAAAGUUGUUCCAAAUCCAUGGUGUUUAUUCUCAUUUCCUUGUUUAAUGUUUGUAUAUUCUGUGAUUAUCCUGAUCCGUAUUAUCUUGUUAACUGUGGAGGAGCAAGGCUUCACCAUUGUGGCACCAGCACUACAGAACUCCCUUUUCCAGGUUAUUCACCUUGCACACUUUUCACAAUAAAACCUACCCAUGCAUUGCUGGAACCUGUUGAGUGUAGUGGUUAAUUUUUAAAUGAAUUUUUAUUAUUGAGGCUUUUAGAUGUUAUGGUGUGUUGCCUUGAGCACCUAUCUGUUAGAAAUGCAGCCGGAAAUGCUUACAAAUAAAUUAUAUUCUCCUUUGUUUUAAUCACUUUUUUAAAAAACAAAUUAGAUAUUUAAAUGCAAAAUACAAGUAGUAAAGUACAUUACUCAUUUAUUUCUGUUGACAAGUUUUUUAGUAUAUGUGUAUAGCUUUUUCUGUGUUUUAUUUGUUUCUCUUCAGAACAAUUAAGAUUGAAGUAUACGACUGGGAUAGAGAUGGAAGGUAAUUUUUUUAUUGCACAGCAUUAAUUGUUCAAAAGGAAUUGUAUGGCGUACAUAGUGAUAGACUAUUUGGGCAGCUUUUGGAGUUUUAUACCAGUUAUUCCUGUGCUUAAAAGCUUUAAUGUAGGAAUGUGUGUGCUUGCAGGAAAUAACAUGAGUCUGCUGAGCCACUCCCUUAUUGAUUGUACACAUGGUUAUUUUGCAAUCUGAUGUAUACCAAACCUCUUCAUUAUGCAUUUUGACACGGGAGAGGGUUUUUAAAAUGCUUUUAACUCCACUUUGUGAAAAAAUAACAAUGCACAUUUUGUGGGGAAAUGGUAUGUAAUCAUGUGAACCAGAUAAUGAACCAGAUAAAAAAUAUUUCUUAAUGCUUGGGUUUGGUUGAUAACAGGAGCCUAUUAGUGAAUUUCAUGGAGCAAUGAAAAACUUUCGAAUAUAAAACAGAGCGCCAAAUUGUGGGGCGUUAGACAAAUUCCUAAAAUGCCUCUUGUACUGGGAAGUGUUAGCUAGCAUUUUGUUCACACCUUGACCUACAAUAAUACAGCUUAUCCGCUAUUCUGAAUUUUUGUUUGUUUUUGUUUCCUAGUCAUGACUUCAUUGGAGAAUUCACAACAAGUUAUAGGGAGCUAUCUAGAGGACAGUCGCAGUUUAAUGUCUAUGAGGUAACAGUAGAUUUUUUUAUAUCCUCAAGUACAGGUAAUAAACAUCAUGAAUUGUCUAUGUGCCCUUUUGUAAUAUGGGCCACCACUAUAUAGUUUAACCACCUAUCUUUUAGUAAUAGAAAGCAGAAAAUCUGGACAAAAUCCAUAAGUCAAAGUGUGCGAACACACUUUCUAGAAAUGCAGUCAAUAUAUUUGUGGGUUCAUUUUAUAAAGAUAAACACCAUUUUAUUAUAUAGCUUGAGUUUUCAACAUAGUUAUUGAACCUGUAUACGUCGUGUAAAGGAUAGCUCCCUUGGUAGAGGAUGAAACUCUUAAUCUCAGGGACAUGGGUUCGAACCCCACAUUCCUUUCUGGUGUUUUAUUAUUAUUAUUAUUUCCACUGCUUUCUGUUCAAUAGCUCAGGUACGAAAGUCAGCCUAGUUGACAGGAAUUGGGGAAGAGAUGCUCUUUCCACCCCUGUCACCUCUGUACUUCCCACUCCCUUCCCACUUCCAAAGGGAGAAAAAGGAAGGGACAUUAGUAGUAAGUUAAAAGUGAAAUACCUGGCCAAUAGCAAUGUCUAGAGGUUGAGAGUGACUGAAUUAUAUGACUGUAUGGAGUUUCAAAUAUGAGGUGUAGCUAAGGAAAGAGGAUGGAGGUGUAAAAUAGAUGUAUCAGAGGAACUCUAACCUCUGAAAAGUAUAUUUUUAAAAUUAAGAAAAGAGCAAAGUGCAAUGUUGUAAAAAUAAGUAAAUUUUCAAUAGGCGGCAGGCCAUCACAUGGGUGUUUAUUUGCUACCUUUCAUCAAGGCAGGAAACGUUUAGAGUGGAGUUCAGCUCCUUCCUGCCCUCAUUUGGUCUGUUUUUCUGUGUCAUCCAGGGUGGACCUAUUCAGCUCAGCUUAGCUUAGCUUUCUGUAUUCUGUGGACUUUGCUUUGUAAGUUGUGUGAGUCAGUGCAAAAAGAAGAGAUGAUAAAUGAUAAUGUUUAUAGGCAAAAAUUGAAAGAUUACAGAGUGAAAAAUAGAUUCAAGAAGAUACAGAUGGGAUAAAGGAAGAUCAACAAAAAUUAUAUUACAGUAAUCAAGCCUCGAUGAAGUAAAAGAAUAAGCAAGCAUUUUAGCAGUAUCAUUAGAGAUAAAAGAACAUAUUUUAAAAGUGUUAACCAGUUGAUGAUAUGAUACUGAAUGUGCCUAGAUCUGCAACCGAACUAGAUAAGUGUCUGUUUUAAAAAAUCACAUCCAGUUUCUGGUGUGUGAAGGAGGAGAUAGAAACACUACUAAGAGUUAAAGGAACCAAAUAAGCUGAAGGAAGAAACUUAAGAAAAUCAAUCUCCCAAGAAAUUCAACUGAAGAAAGUGAGAAAUCAUCCAAAAAGAACUAAAGGAAGACAUGCAGUGAGAUGAGUAAUUGAAGAUGAGGUAGAAUCAGGAACUGAAAAAUAUAACUCUAAAUCACUAACUUGAAAAUGGAAAUAGCAAAAGAAUGCAAAGAGAGGUUGAGAGAGCAUCAGAAUAAGGGUUUCAGUUUAGAAAGCAGAGUACAUACAGUAAAUGGAUAGAAGACAUGAAGCAGAAAAAGACGUAUCAAGAGCAGUUAGAGUGAUAAGGAAGUAAAAUGAAAUAUCAGAAUUUAGGAAACCAAGUUUAUACAAAUAUUGCAAAAUAAUAUGCUAUCAAAAGUGAAGGAAAGAUAUGAUCACAAGCAAACUGAAAAUUUUGUGACAUUUUUCAGAUGGUAAAAGAAAAUCAUUAAUAGAAAUUAAAGCAAGGAUAGGAAUCAGAUUGGUUAAAAUCCAAAAAGCGCAUUAGAAGAUAUGAAUUCUAAACAGUGUGCAAGUACAGCCAGCUUCAAGAGUUUAGAAACAAAGGGCGGCAGUUAUGCUAGAUAGAGAAGGAAGUCUCAACAAGAGACGUAACCACAGAUGACUUCCUCAAAAAGAAAAAUUCCAGACAUCAAAGAGAAUAUGAAAACAUGCAGUGAGAAAAGCAAUAUAGGGGAGCCAUACUAAAUGCAGUGCCCCCCCAACUCCUGUUAUCCCUGACCAUUGAUCAUGCUGGUCAGUGCUGAUGGGAGUUGUAUUCCAAAACAUCUAGGGAGAACACCAACUUAGGACAGGAGGUGUCCAGGGUAGGGAAUCUUCUGGGGGGGUCACACCUGAUGGGAUUUACAGUGAUUCAUAGCUGCCAGCAAAGAAGCAGCAGAUGGGUUUCAAUAUCUCUUGGGAAUGUGAAUUUAAGGAACAGUAAACAGUAAAGCUAUUCAACUAUUACAAUUUUAAGCAAUGGAAAGAGUAGCUUAGAACGGAUGGCUGUAUUUCAUUUUCUAUCUGCCCUCUCAGCCACUUCCAUCUUCUACCCACCAGACUGGAAGACAACUCUGCAGAACUUAUCUAUCCCCUGAUAUCAAAGCCGACAUAAAUCCAAACUGAGCUCCCUUUAUACUUUGCCUCCCUGCAAGCCUCACUCAUUUCUUCCUGCAUGCCCCUAGACGUGAACAAGGCUUCCUUUGAAUGUUUCUUUCCCUGCCACCCGUAAGAUUGAUUCCAGUGACAAGAACUGGUGGGACACUAUUUUUUAUUCAAUCCAGUGAAGGGCUUUUUAGCUCAACUAGUGGAAUGACUGCCUCUGUUACAAGUCAGUGAGGAAGAUGGGGGUGAUGGAAAACAGGGAGCAUUCCUUAUAAAAUCUUUUAAUAUCAGUUUGCCCUGAUGUACACAUUAAUGUGAGCAGCAGCAAAAUGCAUCUCAGGGGUCCUUGCCAGGGUCAUACACAUUUCCCUGUCAGAUGGGUUGUGCUGGGUUAGGGAGGUGUUUGAAAUGUGCAUUUAGGGAAGAUGGAGUUCAUUCAUUCAUUCAGCCUUUAUUGGCAUAAUGAAGGUGGAGUUUAGAAGCAGGGAGCACGGCAGAGUUAAAAAAAACGUGCAUCUUAACAAUUUAAAGAGAUUUGUGUUGACAAGCAGAAAAGUUUUUAAAAAUGAUUUUUAUUAAUUUACAACAAAACAAAACAUACUGAUUUCACAUCUAGUUUUUCACAAAUUGUUUCUUUUCUGGACUUCCUUCAGCUGUUCCGUAAAUCAUCCAUAAUCAUUUAUUUUAAUUACGCAUUCCCUAGUUUGUAUUGUCAUUGUUUAUACCCUUCAUUUCUUUUCCCUUUAGACAAUACUUCUCAGUUUUUCACAGUGCUUUUUUAAACCCCUCUAGCGUUAUCUGUCCCUCACUUAUGCUUUCCAGAUAUUCCACAAAUUUCCCCUAGUCCUCGAUGAACUUUUGGUCUCUUAGGUAUCUAAUCUUCCCAGUCAAUUUGUCCAACUCAGCAUGGUCUAACAACUUUAUUCUCCAGUCUUCCAACGUCGGUAUUUCCUGUUGUUUCCAUUUCUGGGCCAGUAGCACUCUUGCUGCUGUCACUGCAUACUGGAAAAAUUUACAGUCCUUUCUUUUUAUCUUAUUUCCUAAUAUUCCUAAUAGAAAGGCCUCUGGUUUCUUUAUAAAUGUAUAUUUCAAAAUCAUCUUCAGUUCAUUAUAUAUCCUUUCCCAGAAGCCUUUCACUUUCUUACAUUCCCACCACAUAUGAUAAAAAGAGCCUUCUUUAUCUUUACACUUAUUACAUGUCUUAUACAUUUUCGCUAAUUUCACCGGUGUUAUAUACCAUCUAUAAAGCAGAAAAGUUAACGUGCCUGCAUUUUCUUUUCUAGGUUAUAAACCCAAAGAAAAGGGCAAAAAAGAAAAAAUAUGUUAAUUCAGGAACAGUUAAGUAAAUCAUUUCUUCAUUAUUGUUUUUCUAUCCUUCCCAGCACAUAUUGAAGUGAGAUAUAUCUAAGUAAGCGUUAUCUGGGCAAGAAGUUCUCUAAAUAAGACAGGUGUUGUAUUAUGAGAAGAACUUGGUUUUUUUGUUAUCAAACUAUAGAUGAGCUGGUUCAUUUUCUAUCGAAAAUGUGCCUUCCCUGGGAAUUAAAUAGCCAGUGUUAAAGUUCACAGGUGAGUGCUUGAAGCUCCUGGACUGAAUAGUGUUGGUUUAACUGAAGCUGAUUGUGUCUUCCUGAACACUUUAGAAGUGAAGUGUAAAUGGUUGUUACUUUGUUGAAACAAGGAGAGAUUGUUUUUCCUGGCUAAAGACUAGGAGCAAGAAGGUCAUAGCAACUUUUGCUUUGUUCACAGAGCAAUAGGUAUAGCCAAAGCAUUCUUAAUUUGGCUUUGGUAAUAAUUUUGACCAGACUCCAUGACAUUUUAAAAAACUAAUUCAUGGGAUGAUGCAGCCAGUCUCUGAAUGCAUAGAGAUACAUGUGCACAGCUCAGUGUAUAUAUGAAUAGUUUGGCUCUUACAAGAGGGUUGGUAGGGGAGGUGAAUUGGUGGAAGGGAAUCUGCCAAGUGGAACAGCUUGUAUAUAAAGAGGCUGGAAGAGAAGUUAUGGUGGAGACUCAUAGAUAUUGUGAGUGCUGGGGUGAGAGAAGUGUGUGGAGUGGGGUUGGGGUUACCAAUACAUGCCAUUUCCACACAAAACCAUCUUUGCUUCAGUAUAUUGGAAAAGUUUUAAAAUAAUUCUAAAAUACAGUACAGAAACUUCUAUAUUUGUGGCUGUUUUGAAGGUUGAUGUUUAUUACUUGUUCUGUGUCACUUGCUCUCAGGUAACGUUACUUUCCUUCCUAGUGGAAACCGAAGUUUCAUUUCUUGAUUAUAUUAAAGGCGGGUAAGUGAUUCAUUUAUAAUGCUGGUAUCACAAAGGUUUUAAAUUUCUUUAUUUACAAUUAUUUGUAUCCCACCUUUCAUCGCAAAUUCCAAAUUCAUUACAAAUCAUUCCAAGGCAGCUUACAAGUGCCGUUAAGUUACAUAUUUUUAAAACAUAGUAAAUAAUAUUAUUCUACUAUUAUUGCCCUUCUCACAGGCAGUUGAUGGUAGAUCACGCUAUGCAGGGGGAGGGGAAAGUCCAGCAAGAGCAGAACCUCCCUCUCCUGUGAAUUGAUAUUUUUGAGCUUGCCUUCGGUUGAAAGGUUUUUGCCUUUCAGGCAAUAGCACAUGACUCUUAGGUGUUUCAAUGGAGCAGUUUGUCACAGCUUGGGUAGAAACGUCACUGGGUAGAAAAUAAGGGGGACCCUUGUAAUAAUAAUAAUAAUAAUAAUAAUAAUAAUAAUAAUUUUUAUUUAUAUCCCGCCCUCCCCAGCUGAAGCCGGGCUCAGGGCGGCUAACAACAAUAAAAUAGUGCAACAUUCUAAAAACAUUUCAUUAUAAAAAUUAAUUAAAAUCAAAUUGAUGGCAACCAUUAAGCUAAAGUUCUGUGAAGAUUGUCAAAGGAGGGAGUCAGGCUGCGCCCUGACCAAAGGCCUGGUGGAACAGCUCUGUCUUGCAGGCCCUGCGAAAAGAUGUCAAGUCCCGCAGGGCCUUAGUCUCUUGUGACUUGUAAUGAGUCCUGAGAAGCCGCACCAGUUCUCAGUGGGCAAAGCGUGGUGCCACUCCUCUCAGGUUACCAGCCAGAUUCCAGUUACGUGGUCUGCAGCGUAUCCACCCCCAUUAUUCAGCCUGGACAUUGAGGUCCAUUGCCGAGGGCCUUCUGGCUGUUCCCUCACUGCAAGAAGCACAAGUUACAGGAAACCAGGCAGAGGGCCUUUUCGGUAAUGGCACCCGCCCUGUGGAACGCCCUCCCACCAGAUGUCAAAGAGAAAAACAACUACCAGACUUUUAGAAGACAUCUGAAGGCAGCCCUCUUUAGGGAAGCUUUUAAUGUUUGAUGCAUUGCUGUAUUUUAAUAUUUUGUUGGAAGCUGCUCAGAGUGGCUGGGGAAGCCCAGAUGGGCACGGUAUAAAUAAAUUAUUAUUUAUUUAUUUAUUUAUUAAUCUAGUCAGCUGCCAUGGCAUUCCCCAGCAGGCAUACUGGGGGUGGUAUUUCAAGCUUCACAUUGGAAGUCUUCUGGGUUUACAGAUCCUGAUCUAAUUCCAUACCAACCCUGCAUACCUUCCUGUAGCCAAUAAAGAGUUGUCCCCUGUUUUCACCCACACGGGUGUCUUGAGUUUUAUAUACUCCCGGACACACUUUGCCUGGAAGGAGGGGGAGGCCUUCACAAUUCACCUGCCGCGCAAAUGGCAGCCAUGCAGGUGGCAGCAUCUGAUCAGGAUUGAGGCCAUGGUACACGAGAAGGGGGGACCCCCCCCCCCGUAGCAUAGUACCAACAAAAGUUGCCCCCAGAGCUUCUAUUUGCUGUGGGUGGAAAGCUGCUGGUAGAACAAAAUAGUCAUCUUAAUCAGGAAUGAGGCAGAAGGACAUAGUGCGUUUGGUGGCCCCCCACACCUGCGAUUUAACAAGAAGAAGAAAACCAGACGAGAAAAAUAACACAUUUCACGCAAUAUCUAGUUUGAUCCUUAGCUGUUACUAAUAAAGGUAUUACCUAGGGUAGGACUGCCAUAUUUUGAAGAGAGAGAGAAAAAAGGACACAUUUGCUGACUUCUACUUUUAACUAUGGAUUGCUAUGACGACUUUACAUACCCAUGAGAAAGAGGAUGUGUCCUGGAAAAAGAGGACAUAUGGCAACCUUAAAGAGGCUUUGGGAUCCCCCCCCCACCCCCAUUAUAUACCUGUCUGCAAUUUUGGUAUAUGUUGAAUGGAGGUGAUAUUUAUUUGUGAAUUCAUAUUAAGUCAACCUUCCUAAGCCUAAAACCAAAUAAAGGAUACCGUAUAUACUAGAGUAUAAGCCGACAUUUUCAGCACAUUUUUAAUGCUGAAAAAGUCCCCCUCGGCUUAUAUCAAGUGAGGGUCCUUUCGGCUGCUUGUUCUUCCUCUGCUGCUGCCGCCACCACCAGGUUUGUGGUGUGGUGAACCGGCUUAUACUCGAGUCAAUAGGUUUUCCCAGUUUUUUGUGCUAAAAUUAGGUGCCUCAGCUUAUAUUCAGGUCAUCUUAUACUCGAGUAUAUACGGUAAUUCCUUUUUAAACAAUUUGCACUGUCACUUCUUAAUUGUGGCCUGCUACUUUAAAUUUAUAUGUACCCUUUAAAUUGUGAGAUGCUCAAGAUAUUUAAGCAUAUUGCAUUAGAGAAGUUACUCAUAUAAGGUAGCAAUUUAAUAGUAAAUACUGAAUACUUCAAUCCCGUACAUGUCUGCUAUAAGGGAGGCUUGCAAGGUGGCAACAGAGGAAACAAAGGCCUUUUUCAGUUGUGGCUCCCUAUAUUUGGAAUGAUCUCCCCAAUGCGGUCUGCCUAGUGCCAUCAUUAACAUGUUUUUGGCACCUGGUAAAAAUGUUAAUCUUUGCCCAGGCAUUUGAUGGAAUGUGAUUAUUUGCUGCCAAAGUUCUUUAUUGCUAUUUUAUUGAGUCUGUUCUAUGGUUUUAAUUGUAAUGCUCUCCUAGCCUAGCUCCGGUUUUGUUAUGCUUUAUGUUUAAAAAAUUGAUGAAUCGCUUAGACUAUUUAUAAAGCAAGCAAUUAAGAAUUUAAAAUAAUGCUAAUACUUGUAAGUCAGCGCUGUUGUGUUUAUUGGAGCUUAUUCCUAGGUAUGCAUGUAUACAAUUACAAAGUAAUGUUAUAGUAUAACCUUUUUGAUGCUCUUUGGCAGUUCUGUGUAUCGUUAACAUGCACAUUUGUCUAAGUGACAUUUUAUUGGUUUUUCUUGAUUUAUUACUCCUCAUGUAGCAACUUACAUCUUCAGAUUUUUUCACAUUGGUCUGUUUACUUCAUUUCACAGGACUCAAAUAAAUUUCACUGUGGCUAUUGAUUUCACAGCUUCGAAUGGUAAGUAUUGGUUUGUUUAUAUUAAACUGAGUAUCCGCACAGUAUUUGUGAACUGUUUUGGCAUUGUAUUUUUCAUUUUGCUUGUCCUAUUGUGUGGAGACUCUAGUGAGAAUACGUUUUGAAGAUUUGGAUCCAAAUAUUUAUGUGGAAGAAAAAGACCCUUGUGUCCCCCCCCACUUUUUUGUUCUCCUCUAUAUUUCAUCCCCCUCCCAUAUCCAUUACAAUACUGUUCAGAGGGUCUCCCAGGAGGUGCAGAAGACUGCAGCUGGACCAGGGGGCAAAUAAGUUACCUUCUGUGGGCAUAACUCUUCUCACAGAAAUUAGGAUUCAAGCCAGGAACCCACCCAUUACACUCUAGAGAGGGAAAAUGGCUUUCUUUAGGCUGUCUUUUGUUGUAAAAAAUAUUGUGUAUAUCUGUAAACCACAGUCACAAUCUGUAGAACAAAAUACCAAACUGAGCAUUCUAGCUUUUUUAAAAAAUAGCCGUCCAUGCCACUUUUGGAAAUCCAAAGCUGUUGCUAAUGCAGUUUUGAAGGGCUAUGCUUCAAAAAAAGUCACACAAAGCACGCACAGUUUCUUCAGCAUGCCAGAAACUAUGGAAUUUGCCUCAUUAUACACCUAAAUAAUCCAAAUAAAAAAGAAUAUUUAGAGCAAACACUUAAAUCCAAAUUCUUCAUGGGAAACACACUGUAUUCCAUAUCUGAAUUAAUACUUAAGACAGAGCUAGUGUGGAAUCUCAUAUAUUGAUACUGUAAGGCAUACUGCUCAACACGUUCACAAACCCCUCUCAACAAUGUGCUUUGUUUUAACAGGUAACCCUGCACACCCAACCUCGCUCCAUUAUAUGAACCCAUACCAGCUGAAUGCUUAUGGCAUGGCGCUGAGGGCAGUAGGGGAAAUAAUUCAAGACUACGAUAGUGACAAAAUGUUUCCAGCUCUAGGUUUUGGUGCAAAAUUGCCGCCAGACGGAAGAGUGUCUCAUGAGUUUGCCUUGGUAAGGAAUGGUUCUAUCGUUUUUAAAUUUUAUAUAUUUAAAAAUUCCUCUUUGCCUGUGUUUCAUGGUUCCUCAUAUAUAUAUAUAUAUAUAUUUGUGGAUCCAUUUGUGCUCAGUUUCAUUCAUUUUUAAGAGUAUUGUAGAAAAUAUUGGCCUUUUUCUGCUAUAUAUGUUUGCAUUUUAAUCAUGAGAUGUACCAGAGGUUGUGUCAGCCUCCUGCUAUUGGGUAAGAGGUAUACACAGCAUUCCUAUAAGCAAGAAUUAAUACUUUGCCCCUGUGUUUUUCCUUAUAGAAUGGAAACCCGCAAAAUCCUUACUGCAGUGGAAUAGAUGGUGUAAUGGAAGCAUACUACAUGAGUCUAAAAUCUGUACAGCUUUAUGGACCAACAAACUUUGCUCCUGUUAUUAAUCAUGUAGCAAGGUAAUGGUUACAUUAAUUAUUCUGGGGAAAUUCAGCACAGUGACUUUAUGCUGAGUUGAUGUCAGUCACCAAAAACAAAAAGGGGGGAAAUAUAUUAGCUGUUUGAGGGACGCGGGUGGCGCUGUGGGUUGAACAACUGUGCCAUUCGGGUUUCCCGAUCGAAAGGUCGGCGGUUCAAAUCCUUGUGACAGGGCGAGCUCCCGUUACUCCGGUCCCAGGUCUUGCCAACAUAGCAGUUCAAAAGCACACAGUGCAAGUAGAUAAAUAGGUACUGCUCUGGCAGGAAGGUAAACUGCGUUUCCAUGUGCUGCUCUGGUCUUGCCAGAAGCAGCUUAGUCAUUCUGGCCACAUGACCCAGAAAAACUGUCUGUAGAAGUGGACAAACGCCGGCUCCCUCGGCCUGUAUAGCAAGAUGAGCGCCACAACCCCAGAGUCGUUCACGACUGGACUUAAUUGUCAGGGGUCCCUUUACCUUUACCUUUAUAUUAGCUGUUUAACAUCUUCCUAAUCUCUCUAGCAAGUAGGUUGGUCCAAGGACAUGUUGGGACAGCCCCAUGGUUUUCAUGGCAGCUGUGAAGUCCUGGGCAACCCCAGAUUUAGUGGCCUCAAUGAGAGGCCAACAGCUCUGCAGGUUCUCAAGACUAUAUCCCAGACCACCUCAGGCAGGGGGCAAGUGGUAAAGCAACAGAAUCCCUAAUCUGUCUUGAGUGCCUAAUGCAAAGCCACAAACACUCUAGAUUGCCACUCAAGCAGACAGGAUACCCGGAGAGAGAGAUCAAGUUCCUAUAGACUAAAGUAACACCCCUUCCCUGACCCUCAAGACCUGCUCACCCACACAAGUCUCAGUAAUACAAACCAGAUCAGGUUCCACAUCCCCAUCGACAAUCAAAUCAUGGUUAAGGGGAAACUCUCUUAAAGUAGACCUGGCAUUAAGUAAGUUCCUCUGAGUAAAGAAAGGGCUCGCACGCAGCAUAACCACCAGUUGUCUGUGUUCCAUUCGCCCCUCACCUGGCUUGCCCAUCCUCUCAGUAUACCUUCCCCUUCCCCCAGACCUCUGCAGUUGUGGGACUGCCAACUCUUCCCAGCUGACAUUGUCCUAAAAGGUAAAGGGACCCCUGACCAUUAGGUCCAGUCGUGGCCGACUCUGGGGUUGCGGCGCUCAUCUCGCUUUAUUGACCAAGGGAGCCGGCGUACAGCUUCCGGGUCCUGUGGCCAGCAUGACUAAACCACUUCUGGCGAACCAGAGCAGCGCAUGGAAACGCCGUUUACCUUCCUGCCGGAGCGGUUCCUAUUUAUCUACUUGCACUUUGACGUGCUUUCGAACUGCUAGGUUGGCAGGAGCAGGGACCGAACAACGGGAGCUCACCCCGCCAUGGGGAUUUGAACCCCCGACCUUCUGAUUGGCAAGUCCUAGGCUCUAUGGUUUAACCCACAGCGCCACCCGUGUCCCGAUAUUGUCCUAGACACAUGAUAAAAGACGAAACAGAAGCAGAGAAGCAACAAAACAAAUCUUAGGUUGAUUAAACUAGAUACAACUUAGCAAGAUAGUCUACAUCACUGAAUCUACCCUAGUCAUUAGAUGUUAGGGAGGUGGCUGUUGCACUUCUGCCCCCUCCAAAGAAAGGGCCAGCUCUCCUUUGGUGUCUCUCCCCCCCCCCCCGCCCCACUCCCCUGGGAUGGUGCUGCCCAUUUCAGCUCAGGAAAAGAUACAGCCACUCCCUCAGAAGUCAAGCCCAGACCCAGGGCUCUUAGCCAAGAAGGGGCAGGAAAGUCUCUCUGCUGGCCAGUGGUCGGAAAGGCCAGCUUUCUUGGGAGCAGAGAGUGCAGACAGUUGUGGAACAGUACUAGGAAAGCUUACCUUCUGCAAUGAUGGUCUGCUGCUGCCCCCCCAAAUACCAGACUUCCAGCUUGGUGAUUAUUGCUUAUGGUAAUCAUAAGCAAUUUAGGAGUGGAAGACUUAUUUAUUUUUCUUAAGGAAAACCAUGAGGCCACUAUUAUAUUGGCCCUCCCACCAAAAGCCCACGUUAUGUGAAAGACAUGUAACACUGCCCCAAACCCUGGCUUAGCUCAGCAUGGUUUGGGAGCAAGAAAAGGAUCAGGAAGGAGCAAAGCAGCUUUAAAUUCUUUAAGAGUCUGCAUGUUCACAAGCCCCAGGUAAAUUUGGCUUACUAUGUAAGCCAGACCAUUGUAUGCCAUGCAUUCUUAAAUAUAGAUAGGUGGACUUGAUAAAUAAAUACACCAGUUUCUAAUUAUGUCCUGGUUAAUAAACACGCUACUACCUGUCAUUUUGAAUGUUUCGUUUCAGUUUUUAGUUUCUAUCUGUAGUACAUAGAUUUAAAAGCAAUCUGAAAGUUUUAUAUUCUCAUAUUAAAACUGUAAUUGUGUUUGUAUGUGUUUUGUUUUAGAUAUGCUGCCUCAAUAAAAGACGGCUCCCAGUAUUUUGUUCUUCUCAUUAUUACAGAUGGGGUCAUUUCUGACAUGGCUCAAACAAAGGAGUCUAUUGUGAAUGUAAGUUAUGUUUAAACUUGAUCUUGAAAAUACUUUAAAAGUAGAAUACAUACUGUAUUUCCCACUGGGCAACCACUCAUUGCCCUGGGUAUUUCUGUCUCAUUAACGAUUUCACGUUCCUUUGUAUUUGAAUACCCUGACCCUUCCUGUUCUUUUGUCAAAUGCACCAUGGUAUGUUUAUUUGUUUAGGGUGGUAGUCAGCUAAGUAGAUUCACUGAAUUGUUUUGAAAUUAUCUUUAUUAAACUUAUUAUUAAACUAAAUACAAAUUUAAAAUAAAUAAAACAAAGGGUUAAUUAUUAACAUGACAGACGUAGGACAGCUCAACAACGAUAUGUACCAAUACUAUGUUUCUCCUUUAUAUUUUCUAUAAUUUAUAUAAUCUAUAAUUUAUCAAGGUUGGUGGGGCAGGCAUUAACCCUUAACACCCACUGAAAUGACUAAAUGAGGUUCACUAAUGUCAGUAGAUCUGUUCUGAGUAAAACUUAGUUGAAUGCCACCAGAACAAGUAUCUUAAGUAUUUAAUAAUGAAUCAUUUAUAACCCAUAUUUUCAGCCAACUAUUUCAGAGCAGGAUAUAGCAAAAUUCAGCCUAAAAUGCAACAAUAGAAUAAGUUAAUAGUGCACAGCCUUUAAAAGGUACCAUGUUUUAACUUGGCACUGAAACAUAAAAAGAUUUGGCACCAGUCGUCUGAGCCCCCAGUGACAAAGCUUGAUCUAGGAGCCCCUCCAAGCUGUAAACUAGCUCCUAGAACAACCCCUUCAAGAACAGGUUGUCUGCCUAAUUCCAAGACCACGAUACCCCAGUUUGUCAAGAUUCAACUUCAGCCCUCAUCCAGCCCAUGACAGCAUUCAGGCAUUGAUCCAGGGAUGAUCCCAUAUGGCCUCAUCUGACUCAGAUCACAGGGAGAAAUAGAGUUGGCAAAAUUAAUAUUUUUUCUCCCCUGCUGCCUUCACGGUCCUGGUUUUUGCUUAGCCAUUUGGUGGGUGACAGAAGAUACAUAUCCUGUCUUCCAUCACUUAAAGCACCUUAAAACACAAAGCUCCAAUCCUGUACAUACUUACCCAGGUGGAAUCUACACACAUAUUAAAAAAAGUUCUGAAAAUGCUUUUUUUUAAAAAAGCAUUUUGAAAAAAUACACCAGAUUUUCCAUAAGGCUCAUCAUUGACAUCUAGUGUCACACUGUAUAUUGCACUUAAAACACACUUAAAACGUUUUAUUUGCAGCUGUAUAGCUGAGUCCCCAGUUGUACUCAGUGGGACUUUUUCUCUGAAUUGGUAUGUAUCCAUUCACGUCCUUGGGGACAGUUGACAUCAUGCCAUCAGGUCGAAAUAGUGUUUCCCCCAGCAUCUGAAGGCACAAAUUGCUGCUGUCAUGGAAAAAAAGAAAAACUUGAGGCAUUGCCAUGCCAACCCCAGCUAGUUUCAAUUUCUCCCUUCACCAGCUGAAUUGUCAGCUUCAACUCCCUGCUCUUGUUGUCAGCUCAGGCCUGUUACUUAUCUUAUUUUGUGGUAAUUUAUGUGUGUUGGUGACUCUCUUUCCUCCUACCCUUUGUCUGACUGUACUUCCUCCCCCCCCAACUCAGGGUUUGAGGUUUUUUCCUUCCUUCUCCACUUGCUGCCAUUUUCUCUUCUCAUCUUCUUCUGCCUUUUCUUUCUCUGCUCCCUUUCUUGCCUGUUCAAUAUAUUAAGAAUAAAAAGGACCCUGUGUGUGCAUUUUCUCAAUCUCUCCUCCACUCACCUCUACUUCGCUGGGCUAGUUUCCAGCUCGGCAGGUUCUGGAGACGUUCUAGGGGGAGGUUAAUAAGAAAUAGUUUGCCCAACCCAUUGGAGAUUCUUCAGAUUUCCAAGAGGACUCUACUACUGGUUUUAUUGUCUUAGAUAUGGAGGAGGAUUGAAUGGGGAAUCAGAUACUGAAGAAGCCUUUUAAAGUCAUUUUACCCUGCCUCUUGGUGCAAGAAAAUCUCCUCAGCAACUUUAGCUAGAUGGUUAAAGGCCUCCAUUGCUUUAGCUUAUAAAAGUUUGCAUUUUUAUUCCCCCAGCCAAAAUUAUGGUCUAUUCAACUAGGGCUGCAGCUACUUUACCUGCAUUUCCUCUGAAUGCUUCUCUACAGGAGAUUUGUUGGGCAGCCACCUUGGCUAGUCCCGGAAGCUUUAUUAAAUAGUAUAAAGUGGGUGUUUCUGCCUUUGCAGAGGCAUCCUUUGGGAGGUCCUGCUGAACCCAUACACAGCCAAUAGUUCAUUCAUAGAUAUCCCACUCUAUAUGGUUCGGUUUGAGUAUGUCCCAUCAGAUGCCAUGACAUGCUUGGAAAAGAUACCAAUAUUACUUAUCCUUGAAGGGUUCUUUUACAUCCAUGUAAUAUGGCAUCAGGGUCUCACCCUUCUUCCAGACUGCCUUUCUCACUCCGCAUGAUUGGCUUAUUUCAUAUUCUUUAUACAAUAUUUGCUUACGUUCCUUGGGCAGGGAUUGUCUUGUGUUUGUCUUUGUUCAUGUCACUGUUCUGCUUUGGCCUCUAUUAUCCCAGCUUAUCAUCAUAGAAACUGGCUGGGAUUGGCAUGGUAACGCCACUAAGUUUUUUUCCCAAUUAGAGUACAGUGGACGCUCGGGUUGCGAACGUGAUCCGUGCAAGAUGCACGUUUGCAACCCACAGCGUCCACAACCCGCAGCGGCACGUCUGCGCAUGCGCUGGUUGCGACCCGGCGCUUCUGCGCAAAGCGUGAUUUAGCGCUUCCGCAGAUCCGCAACCGCUGAAACCCAGAAGUAACCCAUUCCGGUACUUCCGGGUUUCGGUGGACCGUAACCCGAAAAACGCAACCUGAAGCGUCUGUAACCCGAGGUAUGCCUGUAGUGAUUUCUACCUUCAACCACUAGGGGGAGCACCAUUCCCACCUGACGUCAUGUUACAUGCAUGUAAAUGAACCUUACAUAGGUAAGUACCAAUGAUAUCUUCUCCUUACCAGGCACCCAAAGGAAGCCUGGCCUGAGUGAGAGAAGAAGCAGUAACUUCCCUGUAGUUCUGAGUUUAGGUGCACAUGCUUUUCCUUUUUCUUCCACAAACUUGGUUUAGAAUAAAAAGUAACAGAAAGUGCCCUUUCUGUCUGUCCUUGGAUUGAAACACAUUACCAUUUUUUUUGCAUCUGAGACAGACGUACAGAUGUUUAGCACAAUUCAGUCAAACUUCAGCUGCUUCUGGUGCAGUUGAUAUCAGGGGUAUAUGCUGAGUUCUCUUCCAGGAUCUUAAACCUUAAUUUUGGCUGGAUGGUGCCUAGUGUUUGUUUGAAUAACACAGUAAAAGCAAAAUAGCCAGGUUGUUGCUGCAAACAGGUAGAAAAAAUUGCAAGAAAGAGAGUAUAUAUAGAUUAUUUUUUCCAGCAUAAUUUUACUUCAGCUGCUCCCUUGCCAUCAAACCGCUUUUAAACUCCCUCCCAAAUAACUGAGAAAGAGGAGCUGAAUCAUACAUAUGUAUAUAAAAUGUUUUAUGGAUCACAGGUAUGUAUUCAAAUGUGAUCUUUUCAUCUAUGAUUGAAGGUAGUGUUGUGCACCACAAUUGAAUUGUGCAUACCUGCAUCACACAUGAUGCUGAGAGUUGCCUGUAUCUUUAAAUUAUGUGACAGUGUUCAUAUAUGUUUUUCUUUUUCUUUUGAAGGCUUCAAAGCUUCCGAUGUCAAUAAUAAUAGUAGGAGUUGGCCCAGCUGAAUUUGACGGUGAGCAUCCUCAGUUUCAGAAUGCUUUUCUUGGAAGGAGGCCUCAGAAUUAGGGUCCAAUUCACAUCAUCACUUAAACGGCAAUUUAUCUUUCUUUUGUAGCUGAUACUCCAUUUUUCUUAGCAAAAUGAACUCAAAGCAGCCUAUGUGAUAAAACAUACAUUACUCCAUGCUCUGGUAACUUCCAGAUUUGAUUGAGGCUGCCUUUGGAAGAUGGCAUGGAAAUGUUAACUGGUCCAAAACACAGCAGCCAUAUUACUGGGUGGGGUUCCCUUGAGAACUCAUAUAAUCCCUAUUUUAAAACAGCUGUAGAUGUUCAGGAUCUUGUGUUUGUGAAUAAUGGAAGGAUCACAUUUUCUAGCAAUACAGUUGGAUUGCCUAAUUUGGGUGAAACACCCAAACCUAAUUGCUUGCUUGUAGUUCAGAAGUUCAACUGGGCCAUAAAGUGCUAUGUAAAUAAAUAACAAAACAAAAAACUAUGUGUUUUUCAUAUGGGCUUUGUUGAACAGAUUAAAUCAAACAAUAUGAAUACAUUACUCUGUCUUUUUUCAGCUAUGGAAGAAUUGGAUGGUGAUGAAGUAAGACUCUCCUCAAGAGGAAUGUAUGCAGAAAGAGAUAUUGUACAGGUGAGAGAAAGCACUUCUGUCUAGCUGAUCUUUUAUAUACUUAGAGUACAUAAUGUAUGUAUGGGACGCACUUGGUGCUGUGGUCUAAACCACUGAGCCUUGGGCUUGCCAAUCAGAAGGUCGGCGGUUCGAAUCCCCGCGACGGGGUGAGCUCCCGUAGCUCUGUCCCAUCUCCUGCCAACCUAGCAGUUCGAAAGCAUGCAGUGCAAGUAGAUAAAAUAGGUACCGCUCCAGCGGCAAGGUAAACGGCAUUUCUGUGCGCUGCUCUGGUUUCGCCAGAUGUGGCUUAGUCAUGCUGGCCACAUGACCCGGAAGCUGUAUGCUGCCUCCCUCGGCCAAUAAAGCGAGAUGAGCGCCACAACACCAGAGUCGUCCACGACUGGACCUAACAGUCAGGGGUCCCUUUACCGUUACCUUUUUAAAAUGUAUGUAUACAGGUUGGCUUGCUCUUCAGAAAACCAGGCUGGAAGGUUCUAGAUAGCAAGGACAAUUCAAAGUGCUGGUCACACUUUUAAAGCGCUAUACAAUUUUGAACUGAGGUAAUUUAAGGGUGACUUUCUGAUGCCUAAAACCUGCUCACCUGUUGUGAUCUUCACUGCCAUUCCUGCUCCAUGUCCCAUCACCACCAGAGGUGCAAUUUGGCAGUGACCCCAGACAGGAUCUUUUCAGAAGCAGCAACUAGGGUUUGUAACUUGCCUACUGGAAAUUCAGUUAUAAGCAUUCCAGUAUUAUAUGAAAGUAGCUUUGUUUCAUCAAGUCUUUAGCAUGGAGUAACAUUUUCCUAGUUUGCUGUUUUGAUAUUUUGCUGCUCUGUACUUGUUUUUCCAUAUGUAGAUUGAUUGAUUUAUGUUUGGAUACUGUGAUAUUUUUAUUUUAUGUUGUAUGUUAGUAUGAAGGCCUUCAACAGAAAAGCCUAAAAAUACCAAUGUGUAAUAUAACCAGUGCUUUUUUCUAGGGGUACGCAUACCCCUUAACAUUUUGUAAAUCUAAAUUUGGCCUCAUUGAGGGGCAGUAUUUCAAUAUGAGUAGGAAAAUUAGAGUGCCCCUAAACAUUUUUUUAGAAAAAAAGCACUGAAUAUAAUAUGCAUCUGCAAAAGAUCUGAAAUAUUCAGAUCAUCUUACCAAGUUAAGUUUCAAAAUAAAUGACAUCUUAUUUUUAACCUUUGGCUUUCAUUCUUUACGAUGCCCCAACAGCAAUGCUAAACAAAUUCUCUCCCCCUCCCCUCCAUUUCAUUUCAGUUUGUACCGUUUCGGGAUUACAUUGACAGAAGCGGAAACCACAUUUUAAGUAUGGCCAGACUUGCUAGAGAUGUCUUGGCUGAGAUCCCAGACCAGUUUCUCUCCUAUAUGAGGGUGAGAGGAAUCAAGCCAUCGCCUGCGCCUCCUCCAUACACCCCACCUAUUCAUGUAUUGCAGACUCAGAUAUGA